CCAGGGCCGGCUGAACUGGGGCAGGGCCUUGAUUCUGAAGCGCCUGCACCUGUGCCGGAUCCUCAGGAGCAGGCACCAGGUGAAUCCACUCUGGCUCCGGAGGUGGUUGAGGACUCAGUGCCUACAGGUGAGUCUCCCCCUGGGCCCAGUAACCCUUCGGCCUCUCCUGAACAGCAGAGGCUCAGGGCAGAGAGGCGAAGGGAACUGGUUUCUCCCAGGAGGAGUGCUCGCCUUAAGGCCAGGAGAGGCGGGUCUCCUGGGGGCCGGGACCGCCCCUGGCCUCAGAGAAGAUAAAGGCCAGUCAGCCCGGUCCCAGGUUGCGGGAGCAACGUCAUCGAUGAGCUGUUUCGGCCAGCAUCCAGUCCUGUUCCCCCAGUGUUCCUGUCCCCGCCCGGCUUCCUGCUUCGGACCUCAUCUCGCUCCUUGAGAACUGUUUCCAGACCAGUGACCCAGGACCGGACUUUGACUACGCCAACGGUAACCUUCCCCCCGGGACCAGCACAGCAACCCACCCUGGCAUUAUCAGAUACCCAGAAGGUGAUAUUUCACCAGUCCUGGCCACCUCUCAGAAGACAUAGUCACGUCCCCCUUCACCUAGGUCCAGGAGGAUCCACUAUGCCGGCUAGGCAUAGUGAGAGAUUGCAGAAGAUGGGUGCACCUCAUUCCUACACCAAAGGUGUGUGACGGUGUUGCAACAACAUCCAAAGUUUGGGCAGUUAAAAGCACUUGCCUUUUGUUGCAGCUGUAGUUAGGAUUAACCAUGUGCAUUGCCUGAAACCAGUGAUUUGCAUGUGUACCAAAGUGAUCUCUAAACAUUAAGGCCUUGGGAAAGAAUCCUUCUUCAAGGCUUUUGUUUUUUCAGCAGCUGGGAGCCAGGACAUCUACUAUUCUACCACUCUUUAAGUUCAUACGCUGGCACAAUAAAAUGCCCACUUCAGCAGGUUAUGCCUGGGACUGACUUAGAUCCCCCCCCCCCAGUUGAAUAGGUACUUGGUGGACUCCUAAUUUAUGAGAUGCCAAAAAUAGAUGUUCACUGGAGCACCAAAAUCCUUCUCCCACCUUGUACAGACACCUUUGAAGGGCAGGAAUAAAACAUAGUUCCUUUCAUUUGAUCACCCUGAUGAAUAUCUAUUGCCCAGUGCCAUCACUGUAUUGUAGAAAAUUCGAUGACACUCAUAAAAGAGGCCCAGGACAUUCUGGCAUCUCCAGGUUUUUUCAGCACAUCAGCCUCUUCUUAUGACAUUUAUGGCUUCCCUUAAGGGACUCUAGGAAUUGCAAUUGGUGUUCGCAUUCACAAUGUUUAUCAGAUUCUUGUUGCGAACCUCUCACAACACUGUAUAUAUAUAUAUAUAUAUAUAUAGCCUGCAAGAUUUCUUGCAUGAUCAGGCACGUUUUCACACGUGUAAUUUAAAUCACCUUCUGAGAUUUCCUCAUGCUCUUUAGAAGAAUGUGUCAUCGUAUAAAUCGAAAGCACUGAUGGGGGCUGUCCAUCCCCCCGCCGCCAAGAUUUCCCCUCUUUCUGUGCCACAGUACAAUUAAAAUACAAUACAGAACAACAAUACAGUCAUUAAAAGCCAGUAAAAAUUAAUCACAGGCACAAGCCCUUGAAUAUAACAUGUAUGGCAAGCAAGAGGGUGAGGCAAAGAGUCAAAUCUCUCAAGCCAAGCAGGGAAAAGCCCUCACCCUGGCUCCUCACCUUGAGGGUUUCCCUGGAGGUCCCCCGAGUUUAACUGGACAGGGCAGAAUAGUGUGCCUCCUCUGGUUAAAAGAGGAGUUUGUGACUCUGCUCUCCCUAUCUCAACUUGAAUAAAAUAUUGGGGGAGCCCAGGUGUGAAUAGAAAUGCCCAUCAACGGGGGGGGGGUGUUCAAUUAUUUUAUUGGGGCGAAGGGACCUCAGCCCCUAGGAUUGGCUCCUAUUCCCCACUUUGUCAUUUCCCCAACAGAAAUCCUCCUAGGCUGCGAUUUGCUGGGGGGGGGGGGGCUGGGGGAAGAGGCAGAUUUAUGGCAGCAACCCCCCCCCCCCCCCGCGCGCUUCUUCUGCUAGUGGUAACUUUAGAGGGGUGGGCGCGACGGCUCAUGGCAGCCGCCUACAGCGGGGGGAAUGGUUGGCAAGCCCUCCGCCUGGGCUGCGAGCCUGAUCUCCAUCCUGCCUCUUCCUUCAUCAGCUGAGUUCCCGUCUACCUCUGGCCCUCCGCUGACUCUCUGCACGUGCUCAGAGGCAGCCUUUGCCGUUUCCAAUGAACCCGGGUCUUGUGGCUAGGAGAGCUCGCUCGCCCCGAUCUUCUCAAGGCACAGAUCUCCCCGACCCGCCCCCCCCCCCCAACUUCCCCAUCCCUUCUCUCCGGAUCUCUCCUCCUGCCUCUGUGAGACACGAGCCCGCGAGAGUUUGAGCGACUAGCUAGGGCUGCCGAGGGGCUGGGAUGAGCUGAGGCCCCUCCGGCGGCAGCUCGUCUCCCCAGACCCCGCAGGAGGCGAAGCGGAUCCGCCAGGAGCCGGAGGGGGGCGGAGCCAGAGCGGCGUCGGGGGGCGGGAGCGAGCGAGGGGCGGGGGGCGAGAGCAGCCGAGCAGCGCCGACCCUGCUCUGCCGCUCGCCGCCGCCCCUGCUCUGCCCGACGGGGUCGCCUUCGCUGUAGUGGGAGGCGGGCGGGCGGGGGCAGAGGCGACGGCGGCCGGAUCCCGCGGCAGGCAGGCAGGCAGGCAGGCAGGCAGGCAGCUCUCCUCCCCACGGCGGCGGCGAUGCGGGCGGUCCUUGCCCUGGCGGCUCUGCUGGGCAGCCUGCUCCUCUGCCUGUGCCUCGGGUGGCUCUCCGCCGAUGGCUCCGGCGGCGCGAGGUACUGGAGGGGGUCUUGCCUGGGGGGCUGCUGGGGGUGGCGGGAUCCCACGCGGCGGGGAUGAAGUCACGGGGAUGGGGUCGGGAGAGAGGCCAGCUCCAGCUUCCCUGCACGAGGGAGGCUUCCCCAAGGCAGGGGGCGCGCGUUUUUUGCGGGGGGGGGGGGCGUGCACGAAGGUGCCCAGGUCUUUGCUGUGGCUGGACUGGGCUCCUUCCUCGCGCCACUUAAUGCUCCCGGCUGGCCAACUUGGGUUUGUCUCGCUUGCUUGCCAGGGGCUGGGAGAAGGAGGUCAGGGCGACGACGGGGGGCACCCCCAGGGUGAUGCGAUCUCUCCGGGCGGCGUCGGCACCUGCCCAGCUGGAGCCUCCGUUGGCCACCAACAGGUAAAAAGGCUGAGCUUUGUUGUUGUUGUUGUUGUUGUUGAAACGCCUUUUCUCGCCUCCGUGUUGGGUUGGACCAAGAAAGGAGAGUUGCGCUGGUCCAGCGUGAGAAAUGCAGCUGCGAACAUCUGGAUUGUGGACCAGCGGUGUUCCAAGAAGGGCCGAUCAUCUUGAAAACACCGACGAGUUCCUGAUAUUGUGGUUGGUCCCUGAUUGUCCUGCUCUCACUUCGAGAUCCCAACUCUCAGGGGUCAACAUACGGUGACCUUACUUUUUCUUUUCUUUUUUUUGCAAAACAUUGUUCUUGUAACUUGCCUUUUGGCUUUUUUUCUUUCUUUUUUUUGCUUUUUGCCAACAGCUGUGAAAAGCUUGGUGGUAGAUUAUCUUAUCCCUGUAUUAUUUCAGUUACUUUUAAAAUUGCAUUUUGAAGUGUUAAUGAUAUAUUUCAACUGAAGCAGCACAAGGAAUCAUUUGUUCAUUUCAAAAUUUGUAACUGGUGGUGGAAACCAGAUUCCUUUCCAGGAAAAAAAUGAAAUCAGAAUUAUUUCCCAUUUAGGUUAGCAGAGAAACCAUCUUCAGCUUUGAAGAUAUUCUACCCCCACUUUUGUUUUCUUUAUUAUUUCUUACUUACUUUAUCCAUCACCUUCGCUUCGCUUCAAUCCUUUCUGCUGUGAGUCACCAUCCUCAAGCUCCGGUGUUUCUCUUUCAAACACUUUAGCUGUGAUCCACGAGACCACAGUAAUUUUUUCUUGAGAAGUUUCUUGUCUCCUCAACCCACUUAUUAAACUCCCACGGCAUAAAAAACAAAAAUAGUUUUAGGAUUUGGUGUGAAAACUUGCAGAAAUGGGAAAUGUCACCAGAGUAAGAUGAACAGUUUCACACAAUUUGACCUUUGGAGAGUUCUCAGGUCCAGCCCCCGCCUGCUUUUAGAAUCCCAGCAGUUUGUGACUACAAUUCUAUACCAGCCUCCCAAUUCCAUUUAACCAAGAGUCUUACUUCUGAGUAGACAUGUUUAUGAUUGUACUGUAAAUAGCCAGUUAGGUUCAGGUUUAAGAGGAAGAUUCUGAAAAAGUUUUGCAGGAAGAGAGAAUUCAGAUUGAGAACAUUCUUGUGUCGGCAAUCUUUUCCAGCUGGAUGGGAUUGGUAAGGUUUCUUUUGGGUCUCUAUUUCCAUUGUUUGGUUAUACUGUUUUUAAACCUAGUAGCUUUUAUUGUAGGAUUGCAAAUUGCCUUGAGAUUCAUGUAGUUCAUAUAACAACAAAAUGCUGUAUUGCCUGGAAUGGACUUUUUGAGAAGAUGCUUCAGAGUACUGUGAUCAUUUGGGUAUAUAAGGGGUGAGACAAUCUUUCAGGUAAACUGGUCCCAAGCUGUAUAUAGGGUUUUAGCCACCAAAGCCAAUACUUUGAACAUAGCCUAGUAGCCGAUUGGCAGCCAGUGCAAUUUCUCCAGCAAUAGAGGUAAUGAGCCGUUGAGUCACUGCAUUUUGCACCAGAUGCAGCUUCCAGAAUCCAGAUCAACCUCAAGGGUAGCCCCGCUUAGAAAACAUUGGAGUAAUCCAGCCUGGAGGUUACCAGUGCAUGGACAGUAGAAUCUAGGCAAGAUCAAUACAGCCAGGGAACUGACCAAUGUUAAGUCUAUUGAGCUUGGAGCUGAUCACCAUGCAAACCCCAUCCCUUAAUUGAGGGCUAAACAGAAUGUAAGGGGUGGGUUAUCUGGUUUGGAGCCUUGCAUUACAACACUUGAUGGAUGAGCUUAUACAAUGCCUACUAACAUUUUGAUCAGGGCUUUAAAGGGGAGUUAUUGCCUUUGGGUGGGUUCAGCAGCAGGUUCAGACUCCACACCCAGAAGAUCUGAAUCCCUUUUCUGACACUAGCAACAAGUUCUGAUUCUCAGGCAGGUCUACAGGUUAUUCUUCCCCUGUAUUUUGGGUGGGUUGGGGGCUUUCUCCCUAUAUUUACAUACCGCUUUUCCUCCAAGGAGCUCAAGGUGGUGGUGUUGGCUCCCCCACAUUCCAUUUUAUCUAACAACCUUGGGUGUUGAGUUAGGCUGAGAGAUGGUGGCUAGUCUAAGGUCACUCAGUGAGCUUCAUGACCGAGUCAGGAUUUUGAACCCAGAUCUCCCAGCUCCUAAUCCAACACCCUAACCAAUACUUCACUCUGGUGUUCAAUUCCAUAUGUGACAGGAUUCUCCUCAACUGACAUUAUAGGCUGCUCUGCAUUGGUCUCUCCUGGGAGAGAGACUCAUUCUUCUUAUGUAGCUAGUUCCUCAGCUGAUCUGUGCCUUUUGCAAGUAUUUCCCCCCCAGCAUUCGACUGACAUUUUUCUAUUACUAAAGCGCUUGCUUCUACAGAACUUCCAAUAUCAAAUAAGCCUUUCCACCUAGAUUUUGAUGCUGAUUAAAGGUAUAAACGGAGGCCUUACAAGUCUUAUUCCAUUACAAUUAAUAAAGGAUUUGCCAAGUUAAGCCGAGCAGUGAUUUCUUUCUUUCUUUUUAUUUUUAAGCCAUGGCACAGAACAUCCAUUUUCUUGGUCAAAACCCUUUUACAGUAAAAUAGUAUGUUUUCCUGUCUCUUUGGCCUUCUGUGACUCCUGUAUUUUCAAAUUACUUUAGGGUUCAAAAGCAGUGAAGGACUGACAAUAUUUACUUCAUUCUGUGGUUGAAUGUUCAACAUUUGCUGCACUUCUGUAGAACACUGGGGACACCUCCAGGGCCAAUAAUUGUCAAUCCACUUAUAUAAAUUUCCCAACGGCUUUUUAAAGAGUUCCUUUUGUUUGCUUACAUCUAGUGUUUAAUUGUGUGGAAGCAAAGAUAAGAAAAUACUUUGCACAAAAAAAGCAACCACAGGAGUAGCAAUGCAACAACAAAAGCCUUUCCUUGUAAGCCUUUCUCUAGCAGGAUGCCAGGUGCUGAACUGCAGGACACACAAACAGAUGUGGUGCCUCUUACAGUUUUCCCCCAAACAUUCUUGACUCUCCUGUCAGUUUCCAUUAAAGUUUGUAAUGUGCAUGUUGUAGGAGCAGCAGUCAGGCAAGAGAGAUUAACUGACUAAUAAAGAGGGGAAAGCACCUGUUUCCAGGGAUGAAACAUUACAGCAAUAUAAUGCACUGGAAUUAUUUGGCUAAAAAUUAUGGCUGAUUAUUGUCGAAGUGUUAGCAAAGUCACUUAAGUAAUGCAGAUGGAGUGCAGUGAAAAAAGAAUCUUUGUAACAGUUUACUGAGGGAAACGGAGGGAAAUGGUGCAUACCGUAAUUUGAAGAGAAAGGAACAGAGGGUUUCAGUCCUUGUUUUGGUCAACCAAAUAUACAGAGGAAAACACUCUUCAGGACAUUUGCCACCUCAGUGAACCAGCCAGAUGGGUGGGGUAUAAAUAAUAAAGUUGUUGUUGUUAUUGUUGUUGUUGUUGUUAAAGAGCAUGCCAGUCUGGUUGCUAAGCAAUACCUCCACCCACCCACCUCUUGUCUAGUUGACUUUAACAUUAACAGAAUUAACCCCUGAGAUCCAAAUAGAAAUAUCUCUGCUAUUGCACUUCCAGAAAAAUGAUUGUGUGAAAUUCUUUCCACCAGUUGUCUACUCAGCAGCAUGUUGCCAGUCCUAUUUCUAGGCCCCGUGUGAGCUGUCUCUUCCCUUCUCCAUCCUGUCUCCUGACUAUCUCUUCAUCUGAAUUGAAUUGAUUUUAUAAUGAAAUGAUUUUAGUAUAUUGUAUAAUUUUACUGUUGUUAGCCACUCUGAGCCCAGCUUCGGCUGGGGAGGGCGGGAUAUAAAUAAAAUUUUAUUAUUAUUAUUUAUUAUUUCUCUACGCCCCGUUUAUUUAUGCCCUCAUAUCCUCUAUGCCCACUUCUGCCCAAUUUUAUUAUUUUGUUUCUACUUUCUUGCUCGACAGCUUCUCUAUACCACACAACCUCUCCAGGCACUCAGCCAGUCAAGAAGGGUUUUCUACAAAACUGACACUGCACCUCCCGCACAGCCCCUGCCCUGAUAUUUGACCUUCCACAAUGACAGACUUGGGCUUUAGAGCUUAGAGUGCUUAUAAACCUUCCAUGACAUCACAGCAGCUCAAGCAAUGACCUGGCUUGUGUGUGGACACAAGAAACAGGGAUGGUGUGUGCUUCUGUGAUUGUUAUUUUUUUCAUGGCUCCUGUCUACAACAACAGACCCUUUUGGAGAGGCUGUGAAAUAAUUAACCAAAUGUAAUUAAUUAUUAACCAUGCUACAGAGACCUCUAUGUUCUUUCUUCUGUCAGAACAUUGUACCCCUGAGGGUAAAAUAGUUAUUACAAAGAAUGGGAAUAGUUACUUAGCACAUAAGUAAUGGCCUGCAAUAUACAUUUGCUCAGCAAGCCUGGCAGCUGUGCUAAAUUGACUGCCAUCAUUAACAUUCUUAUUUCCUCCCAGACUAUGUCUUUAAGACACAUUAUGAAAUAGCCUUUCUGGGGUGCACCUGGCAGAACUGAUAUGCCGGAAAGCAUCGGCCAGCUAUCCCCACAUUUCUCCUGCAGGGGUGUUGACUUCUGAACUCUCCCUUCUAUAGCUGUCCCUUUUAACAGGAAUAAAUAGGUGAUUAUGGCCACAUUCACACACUGCAUUUAAAGCACUAUGAUACCACUUUAAACAGUCAUGGCUCUCCCAGAGAGUUCUAGGAGCUGCAGUUUUUUUAAAAAGGGCUGAGAGUUAAGAGACCCACCACCCACCCCGUUCCCCUCCCAAGGCUACAACCUCAGAGUAGUUUCACGGUCAAUCCUCACAGGGAACUCUAGGAAUUGUCAUUCUCAGAGGGGCACAGCGGUCUCUUAACAACUCUCAGCACCCUUCACAAUCUGCAGCUCCCAGAAUUCUUUGGGGACAGGAACCAUGAUUGUAUAAAGUGGUAUCAUAGCACUUAAAAUAUAUGGUGUGGACGGGGGGUAUGUUCAGCUUCACUUGCUGCCAGUCAUACAUCUCUUCUGUCAGUCAUACAUCUCUUCUGCUAAAGGGGCAGAAAAUAAUCCCCACUCCUCUUUUCUUCCUGAAUGACAUCUCUACACCCCUGACAAGCGCAGGAGAGGUGGAACUUAGCAGGGACCAUCCUUGUCUUCCAAACGCAGAAAUACUCUUGAAGAAUCUGUGGACCCCAUUAUGGAAAUUAAGUUUGUAAAUGUGAUCGAUUAUCUCAAGUCAGUGUUCCACCUCAGGCUGUGUUGUGGGUGAGCUUGGGGAUUGGCUUCUUUGUGCCAAAUUCCAUCCCAGCGCAACCCUGUAUGUUUCUCUGCAUGAUCUUAAGGCUCCCAUGCCACAGCUGCUACCUUUCUGCUCCUGUUUCCCCUAAUCUAGUUGCAUAGGCCACAUCUUCCACCCUGUCUCUUGCAUGUUCAGAAAGUACUCCCUGGAUCGGAGGACAAAAGGCACCUCAGCUUUUGUGGAGCGCAUACCGUUGGAAUAAGGUGUGACCCCUUUAAGCCCAAGCAAUUCGCCCAGUCCAGCAGAGCUGGAGGCACCCCCCUUGCUGAGCAGGACCACAUAGAUUUGCAGUUGGCAUCUGACACAUCAAGCAAAUCUGUGAGGCCUGUAGCCUGGCCUGAUCUUGAAUGCACAGUGAGCUAUCCAUGGUCCUGACUCUUAGUCAGCAGAUCCAUGCUUUGGCUCCUGGCUGGCCAGAAGGCCCCUGCGAACCACAGAAGGAGACCAGAGCAUGGGCAGGUGUGGGUUUAUUUCAGAGCAGAGCUUAGGGCUCAUCCACACUUGUCCCAUGAUUCCUAAGCACAGGCUUGAGAGGUCAUCCUUUUUCUUGAGAGGGAAAACCCACUGUAUACAGUGGUACUUCGGGUUAAGAACUUAAUUCAUUCUGGAGGUCCGUUCUUAACCUGAAACUGUUCUUAACCUGAGCUAAUGGGGCUGCCGCGCCGCCGGAGCACAAUUUCUGUUCUCAUCCUGAAGCAAAGUUCUUAACCCAAGGUACUAUUUCUGGGUUAGCGGAGUCUGUAACCUGAAGCGUCUGUAAGCUGAAGCAUCUGGAACAAAUGUCAAUCAGUUUUUCUGAGGGUUUUCCCAGGGCAAGCAGCAGGUGAGAGCUGGGAGGGCUCACCCUCCUUUGUGUGGAAUAAGAGUUAAGAUGCAACCUUGAUAUAGGGGUUUGUAUUGUUUUAUUUUCCUGUUGUCUUAUUUUUAUUUAGAUUAGUUUGACUUUUAUUGUAUUCUAUGUUGAAAGCUUUUUUUAAAAAAGAAUUGAUUACAUGAAAUCUCAAGACAAACAGAAAUGUGAAUGAGUCCUCUGUUGCAGUACAUGCAGUAUGAUGUCUCAUUUUUAGAAAUGACGAAGUUCCCUUAUGCAGAGUUUGCUUUACCCACCAUGAGCAGGCUCUGUGCGGAUGAGUGAGGGGUUCUGGGGAAGAGGCCGUCAUCCCAUCCUCGCCAGCUGCUGAACCCAGAGUAGCUAUCAAUUGAAUUCGGCAUUCAGUAGUGUUCUUGCCCCUCCAGGCAGAGUUCUGAUUUGAUUAGGCUCUCUUUUCACUGAGCUUGCUCAUGUAAUCUUUCUGCACCUGAGUUAUAGAAGAAAAUAAGCUUGGUGCUUGAAGAGGAGGGAGAUCACAGCCCUGAGGCUUCCUUGCUUCGCUUUAUAGUCUCUGUGGACAUCACCUUAUUACCAAGCAAUGGCAUAGUUCAGUAAUUUUAGAUUCUUGAGUUAAUGGCCUUACAAAGGCUCUCUCUUUUAGGGGAUAAUUACUUUCCUUUAAAAUGUGGUCAUCCAGCCCUGCCGCUGUUGCAUUUGAGGGGUCUUCCUGCUUCUGCUGUGUGGGGCCCUGGACUUCUGUCUCAGAGUCUGGCCCUGAUGGCAUUGCUGUUUCCCAGACUUUUGGGCACAUGCUAUUAGUUGGCCACCCCUGCCUUAGAGGAGAGUGACUUGUUGAUGAUCCUCACCACAGCAUUUUCCAAGGGUCAUUCUCUUCUUUUCCCAUGGCUGGAAUGAAUCCUUGAACUUUGGUUAAUGCACAGGAGCCUUUGCUUAUGGCAAAUAUGCCACGCUGUCAAGUUUAUGGGACUGACAGGACCAGCCCUGCCAUUAGGCAGAAUCAGACAGCUGCCUCAGGCACUGAUUUUGAGUGCCAUGAAUUGGCAGCAAAACUGUUAGUUACUUAAUUGAUUGUAGUGACUGUAUUUUGACUGACUGGGAAUGUGGAGAGAUACUUGUGGGAUUUUCUGCCUUAGGUGCCAAAUGAAUUUUAUUUGCCUUGUGGGGAGGAGUGGGGAAGCACUUUCUGCUGACCCAAACCAGCUUGGCUUUGUUUAAAAUGUCCUGAGAUUUUUCUGGAUUUGCUGCAGAAACUGGAAUUCAGAAUGCUAAAUGUACUUAUUAAUUCCCAUUCCAGUGGCUUAACUAGUUUGAAGGUUUGAUCUUGCUUGGGGCCGUCCCUACUAUUAGGAAAAAUGAGGCAACCGCCACAGGCAGUAGUUGCUGGGUGGGGUGUGUAGGAGCAACAUGUUGGAAGGCAGAUCUGAAUGUGUCACUAGGCCUACUAGCCUGCCAUCCUCAGAUGUUCCCCCAUUGCCAAUGUCAAAGAAAGAUUCAACUGCCAAUGCAGUUGGCUUCUAUACAUGGCCUGUGGUGGAAGGUGUGGAGUUCAAUGAUAGGGCAUAUUCUUUGCGUGCAAAAGUCCUAGGUUCAAUUCAGUGGUCUGACUCAAUAUUGAGAAGCUUCCUACGUUCCUAGGAGAUCCAUAUUGAUCUUUGCAUCAGACAGCAAAAUGUCUUGAGCCAGCCAUGGGGCGUGGGAAGGAGAUGUCUGCCGGUGAUGUCUGGCUUCAGUAACCUUUCAUUGGCCUAAAACAUUAGUGACAAUUCCACUGGGGGAAGGGGGGGGGAAGAGUGGGAAGAGAGUGUCAGACAACCUCUUACACAGUUGCCGUGAUUAAUGUCAGAAGACAAUUUGUUACUUCUGCCGUUUAAGAUUUUACAGUCCAUUUCACCGAGCAUUUAGAUUGCAUAUUACCUUAUUAAUCAAAGUGUCACGAACCCUAAAACAGCAAUGCAGUCUCAUUAUCUAAUUCGACAAAAUUAGUGGCAGAAUACUUAAGAAGUUAAAAGCAUGUAUCCUAUUGGGGAACAACAAUUGGUUUAUAAUGGUCAUGGAGUAGCUGACUUAAUAAAAAUGGGAGAGAAUGAAGAAUGAAUAGCAGUGUUAGAAAUAGAAGAACAUGGUAGGGUAUUUUCAAAAUUUGUACAUAUUUUGUCACUUUGGGGAGUGUCCAAACUGUAAUAUGGGAGUAGGGAGCCUCAGGCCAGUGGCCAAAUGAAACCCUCCAGUUCUUUCUACCUGGCCCCCAGGCCUCUUCCCAGACCACACCCCUCGUUGGCUCUACUUUGCACCCACCUUGAGUGUUUUCCCAUGGCUGGAAUGAGUCCUUGAACUGUAGUUAAUGCCCCUUGUUUGUCUGGGAUGGGUGAUAGAGAGUUGUAUGUGUAGAAACUAGCCUACAUACAAAGGUAUGAUAGCUUCCAUUCUUCCACCCAUUUCCCCUCUGGGCCUGCCCUCCAUUGCCAUGUGGCCCCAGGAUUGUUACACAUGAAGGGAAUGUGUCCCUCAGGCUAAACAACACUCCCCCCCCGGGCUGUAAUAGCAAGUGAAUCCUGGAUUUGGGGAAGAAGGAUCAUAGCUGGGGUAACUAUGUGGGUGUCUAUCCAGUCCGUAUGCCAAGAUCCAGCUGCCCAUGUGCCAAGAUAGUGCCAGGCACUUGAGACAAGUGUAGAGUCCAGAAGGAGAAUUGUAGCCAGCAAUCAGGGAAUCUAUCAGCUCUUUCCAAUAGUUUUUGAAAGGAGAGGGGAAAGAGUGCAAAUAUAAAGAGCAUGUAUUGUGAGCUGGCACAGUUUUUGACUUCCCACUUGAAAUCCAGAAGCUAAGACGACUAGAAGUAAUGAGUUUUAGGCAGUGUGAGAGUCAAGGCUAAGAAAGAAGGGAAUGCUAAUAUGCAGAAAAGGUCAAAGUCACCCAACCUUUGAAAGCUGGAGAUUAUAUUGUGAUUGGGUAAGAAAGCAUUGGACCAGGAAAUAUAAUAUUACCCAGCUUUUGGGAAUCAUUGGCUACCGCAGAGGAACUGCAGCACACAGAGCUCGUUUUUCAUGUUAUUAGCUUUCAUUUCCCCCCCUAGAGGUGGCAGUCAUUUGCACUCCCAUGCACUCAGAAGGAAACUGAAAGCGAGAUCCAUGUUGUGUGUUUCCCAAGCACAAAAUGUCAGGAAUGGCUCCUGGAUCUUAAAAACCCGAAGAGCAAGAGCAAAACGAUAGGUGGCCUGGAGAUUGGAGCAGAACUGAGCUGAGUGACACUGGGCUGUUUACUUUUCUUCUAUAAGUAAUGAUGGAUUUUAUUUAAAGCCUGUCACCACUCUUAGGACACUCUGAGGCCCGUUGGCUGUGGAAGAUGGAGCUUCUUUGCUUCAGUCCCUUUUCUGCUUUACACUCUCCUCCAAAAUAUUUGAGCGGGCACACCUGUUUCUCAUGACAGCAUAACACAUUUGCAAUUCUUGCACAACCUCAUGCUGGGAUAGCUGUGAACUCGUGCUGUUCAUAAGCAAUUGCAUUCUAGCAUGUUGACUUGGUCUGCUUGCACUGUCCCAUUAAAGCUAUUUAAUAGAGAUACAUUCAGAGAUAAACUCAGUGUUUGAUUUUUAUGGUUGUGUGUGUAUCUCGGAGCCAGUUUUCAAUACCACUUUUAUUUUUAGUGCGGCACUUUAUUUUCUCUUGUAUUGUUGUGUGCCUGUCAUUCAUUCCUACUGUGAAGAUGAAGGCUAUGUAUUUGGAGACAUCAUUGCCAGGGGAAUGAACAGCGGUCUCCUUCUGAAGGCAGAACCAAGGUUGAAGGGGAAGAGGAAUUCUGAUCCUGAAAUCUCCACCCACCUGACAGAACCAUGAACUUAUUCAGGGGAUAAGAUGAACAGAGGUGAUUUAGAGUAAAAGGGGAGUAGGGCCAGGGGUGGGGAUGUCUAGGAGAACAUUUGCCAACUUGGUGGCCUUCAGAUAUUUUGGACUGCAUGCUUUGGGUUGUGGCUGAAUCUGGUGCACAGCCCUAAUAUCUGAAGAGAAUGCAGGCAAAUUAAAUUCUCUGUGUGGAGCAUUUCUUGCCAUAUUGAGGUGGUUGCCUGAAGUCAAGGCCUAGAAAGUAGGUUUAAAGCAGUGGGUGGAAGCCUUUGGUCCUCUGAAUGUUGUUGGACUACAACUCCCAUCAUCCCUGGCCCCUGAAGGGCUGAAAGUUCCCCACCCCUGUCUUAAGAGCACACACAGCAGUAACACUGCAGAAGUGAAGCAGCACAGAGUCUCAACAUGAUACAAACAAAAGGUGGCCUUGAGUUCAAUCAUGGAAGAAAGGCUGGGUAUAAAGGUAACAAAUACAGCUAUAAUGAUGCUAUUUGAAAUGCACAUUCAUAUUUGAAAUGAGCAUCUUGGGUCUUUGUAAAAGCCAUUAAUGUUUAUUGUUAAUAUAGACGUGCCUUUUUGAAAUGCAAUUAUGUUGAAGCUGUGUGUGGUUAGAUAGAUAGAUAGAUAGAUAGAUAGAUAGAUAGAUAGAUGAUAGAUAGAUAUCACAUUUCUGAUUUACAUCAAAAUCAACAUAACACACUGAACAAUGCAAGCAAAAUUCACCCCUUUAUAAUAAAAUAUGCUUCUGGUGGCAACUCAGAGCAGCCCACUUCUGGACAGAAACCAUAGAAUGAAUGUUUGGAUAAGAUACAAGGAUUUAUUGGAAAAUAAAACCCCAAGGUGGCUGUCACCGAUGGAAGCAAAAGCUCUGAAAAAGCUCAAUAUGGAGGUCAAAUGGCCGAAAUAUUGGGAAAUUUUGGAGCAAGAUGGAGAUAGACUGAAAUUGCAGAGUUUUGAAAAACUAAAAAACAAAGUGCGAGACUGGCUUCAUUAUUAUCAGAUAAUGGAGGCAUACAAUUUGGACAAGAAAAUCGGCUUCCAGGUGGAAAAAUCAAAACUAGAAACAGAAUUGUUAGAACCCAAAACUAAGAUUUUGUCAAAGAUGUAUAACUUGCUGUUGAAAUGGAAUACUCAGGAUGAAAUGGUUAAAUCUGCUAUGAUUAAAUGGGCACAAGACGUUGGACAUAACAUAAUGAUGGCUGACUGGGAACAGUUGUGGACCACAGGUAUGAAGUUUAUGGCAUGUAAUGCCUUAAGAGAGAAUAUUAUGAAAAUGAUAUACAGGUGGUACAUAACCCCAGUCAAGCUUGCAAAAAUCUACCAUUUGCCUGACAACAAAUGUUGGAAAUGUAAAGAAACUGAAGGUACAUUCUUUCACCUUUGGUGGACGUGCCCAAGGAUUAAGGUUUUCUGGGAGAUGAUUUAUAAUGAAUUAAAAAAGGUAUUUAAAUAUACCUUCUUAAAGAAACCAGAGGCCUUUCUCCUGGGCAUAGUCGGCCAAUCGGUGUUAAAGAAGGACAGAACUUUCUUUAUGUAUGCUACAACAGCAGCAAGAAUACUUAUUGCAAAGCAUUGGAAGACACAAGAUCUACCCACACUGGAAGAAUGGCAGAUGAAAAUGAUGGACUAAAUGGAAUUGGCGGAAAUGACUGGUAGAAUCUGAGACCAGGGAGAAGAGUGGGUGGAAGAAGAUUGGAAGAAAUUUAAAGACUAUUUACAGAAAUAUUGCAAAAUUAAUGAAUGUUAGAAUGAUGUUGGAUUGAAGUUAAGUGGUUUCUAGCUGUAAUGGUAAAAGAAUAUGGAAAAAUUGGAUUUUCAAUAGGUCAAAACUUAAUGUUAUAAUAUAUUAAGAUUAAAGAUUAGGAUAAAAUAAGGAGGGAAAGGAAUUGCUGAACUAAUAAAUUGAACUGGAAUACAAAAAAGGGAGGCAUGAGGAGGUCCGGGAAACAAGUAAAUGAAAGAUAAGGGAUGAAAAGGAAUUAUUUUUAAUUGGGUUUUUUUGCAUUUUGUAUUUUUCUUUUUUCUAUUUUUCUUUUUCUUAUCAAUGUAAUCUUUUUUUGAAACUUUAAUAAAUAUCAUUAAAAAAAGAAGAAGUCCUGGGCAAAAAAAAACAACCAUAGAAUGAGAGUGAAACAGACUUUGCCAUCCUGAGUUUUCUCCCCUCACAAGCUGGAACUGCUGCUGCUUAUCUUUGCUUCACAGCCAUCCAUUGUGCAGCUGCUGCCAAGACCAUUUUUAUUCUUUCAAAGACUGAUUUUCCCUUUUAUGUUAACAGAACGGCUCCCAAUCAGACUGGAAUUCAGAAGUCUGAGCAAGCCUCAAAAUGCAAAGAGUUGUGGAACAACAAUUGGUCUUCAUCUAUCAAGAAAAAAAGGUAGGGAGGUCUUCUUCUGUUCUUAAAUUCAGUUGGUUUACAUCCAAAUACAGCUGCUAAACACAACCCAGGAUACCCAGAUGUGUGUUGGCAGUAGUUCCAAGGGUGAGAUGCUCAUUGCAAAACCAGGGCUAGAGUGGAGUCGCAUUGUAAAGAAAGGAGUUACAAGACUGACUGAGGUUACAGAUCAAAGCGCAGAGUGGCCAGACCUGAAUCUAGACCUGGAAUGCAUAAUCUCCAAACCUGAGUCCCUCAGGCCAGUGACAAGAGCUGGAGUCAAUGACUUGAACUGGAGCUUGAAGUACACAUAAAACAGGCACAGGUAGAAUCCCAGGUUCCCAGUAUUUAUAUAAUUGUCAUCUUGGGGCACCUCCCAAGGCCCACUGCUGAUGCCUGUCCUGGGCAACUGGGAGACUGGGUCUAGCCACCAUUAAAAUCCCCCCACAAUGCCCUCAAUAUCGUAUCACCCUGCGGAAUUGUGGGAAAGAUAAUUGGUAGCUACUGCCAUCUAAUUUCUGUUGGAAGUGCAACAGCAGGAAUCGUGCUGCUUGUAACUUAACAGUUAGUUCUGCUAUCAAUAUGUCAGUUAACCAAGUUGGGGGUGGGGGGGUUGUUUAAGCAACAAGGCAGAGUGGAAUGAUAUUUGUUGAGGUAUCAUGUGACACUAUUGGCAGUGUGAUUCUGAGGGAGCAUUUCCUCUGUAGGUUUGGUUGAAUGUCUCCCUGCUAUGUACAAGAUCUCAACGAGAAAAGAAAAAACUUCUCUGUUCCUUUUUCGAAUUUGAUACUGUUUUUGUGUUCCUCAGCAAUGUGUUGUCAGGAUUUCUUUUCUCUCUGGGCUACAUUAUUUAAAUGACUUUGCCAGCCACCCCACCAGCACCUAUCAAUGGCACCCUGGCAAUCUAGGAGCAUAAUACUGCUGGUCAGGUACAAGGGUUGAUGCUUCACAUCUUAUCCCUCUUCCUUUCAGUGCUUGAAGAGGCUCUGAGGCUGGAGCUCACACAGUUUCCAUUAGUCCACCAGCCAAACUCAGAGCAAACCCACUGAAAUUAAUCAAGAACUAACUUUGGAUUCAACCUCAAGUCACUGUCUACUUCACGUCCCAGAGUUCCUGGAUGUAUGGUGUUCCUUGUUGUUGUCUUUCUAGCCCAACAAGCAUAUUACUUCUAAUUUCUUCCCCUUCUUAGUCCCAGAACUUCUGGUUCCACUGUAAAACAGAUGAGCAACCUGUGGUCUAAUUUCAAAAAGUCUUUUGCAAGCAGCCUGUUGAGUGGGAAGGAAGAAGCACCAGAUGUGAGUGGAAAGCCGGCAGUGGAAAGAGGGACUGGAAGAAAGCAGGGUUGCAGAAAACAAAAGAGGUGGUCCUGCCUUGUUUUUGCUCUGGCCCGCCUCCCACUGGAUUCAGCCCUGCCCAGUGUCAGCACACGGUCCCUGACAGAUUUCCCCAAGGGAAAAAGGUUGUCCCACCAUGUCCUCUCACAUGAUGUGUCCACAAAUGUUAAUGCACAAGGACAAAGCAAACCUCUAGCAAACACCCUCAGUGUUUUGUUCUUUUCUCUGUGUAUUGAUUUUUAUGCUGCAUGUUUCAACAAGCAACAAUGACUAUACCUAUUUCAGCGAGGUAUUUCAUUUACUGCUUCUCCUGAGAAGUCUCUCCCCCCCCAUUCCCUUUUUUUCUCAUUAGACUUCAAGCGUUCCAAAAUCCUUCAUUAGGACGAAAACCAUCAAGACACUUAUCUUCAUUUAGGCUUCUUCUUUUUUUAAGUGUUUUGAACAGCAGAGAACGUUUAAAAGUUUGCCUCUGUUGAAUGAGAUGCCUCUAGGUCAGCUCUCGCAUUCAGAUUGCUCUGACGAGUCACAAUGUGAUGGAAGAGCACACAGGACAGCAUAUCGGAGCAGUAGCCCUUCGCAUGGACCUGUUCUGCAAUUCUGGACCACCACUAGGGAGUAGGGAGCAAGGAGAGAAGUGCAAAGUCGUGAUUCUGACGGCUCAGCUAUGGUAACAGGCAAACUCUGCAGUAGUAAGCGGAGCUGCUAGGAUGGGGUGGGGGGGAAUUCCUGCCUAUAUCCUUAAGACCAAGGAUGCCAACCCAUGAGCACAUUUGCAAACCAUAGAAACUGUUGUGGACACCACCUCUGUGCCUCAGCUCUCUGCUUUCCAGCUGCAACCUCCCCUCCCCAUAGCAUAAAGGUAAAGGGACCCCUGACCAUUAGGUCCAGUCGCGGAUGACUCUGGGGUUGCGGCGCUCAUCUCGCUUUAUUGGCCGAGUGAGCUGGCGUACAGCUUCCGGGUCAUGUGGCCAGCAUGACGAAGCCACUUCUGGCGAACCAGAGCAGCGCAUGGACACAGCAUUUACCUUCCCGUCAGAGUGGUACCUAUUUAUCUAUUUGCACUUUGAUGUGCUUUCGAACUGCUAGGUUGGCAGGAGCUGGGACCGAGCAACGGGAGCUCACCCCGUUGCAGGGAUUCGAACCACCGACCUUCUGAUCGGCAAGCCCUAGGCUGUGUGGUUUAACCCACAGUGCCACCCGCGUCCCCCCAUAGCAUAAUUAGGCUUAAAAAACAUUUCCAUUGGUUAAGGAAAGCUUCUUUCAUACUAGUUCAGAUGCGAGCCUGUGGGUGUCAAGGGAGACCUAUUAUAGCACAUGGUGCUCACAGGCAUCAUGUUGGUGACCCAUGCUUAAGGCAUGAAUUGGGGAAAGGAUAUAGCUCAGUGACAGAGCAUCUGCCUUGCAUUCAGGGGUUCAAUCUCUGGCAUCAAUAUAUGUAGGAACUGUCUGUUAUCAGAAGAUUCCAAGGUCGUUAAGGAGAAGCCUGCUUCCUAAUGGGUUUGUAACAUAUGCUGGUUGGGAAGGAGAUAUCUCCAUCCUCCACAUUGUGGUGUGCAGCUCUGUGCUUUCCCCAUCAUCCCUCAGAGCUAUUUCUUUAGUUCCUCCCUGAAGGCUUCUGUGACUCCUUAAGGCAACCAAAUUUUCAAGCAAGUCACUCAGCUUACUCAAUCCCAUUAGAGAGCCAGUGUGAUGUAAAGGUGAGAGAGCCAGACUGGGAGAUUGGGGUCCGAAUCUCCACUCAGCUCACUGGGUGAUCUUGGGUCAGUCACCUUGGACCACACACUGCCUCUCAGCCUAACCUACCGCAUAGGGUUUUUCUGAGAAUAAAAUGAGGAGCGGAGACCAUUGUACACCACCUUGAGCUUCUUGGAUGAAAUGGCAUGGAUAAAUGAAUGACAACAACCAGAGAACAGCUGGCCAAGAUGGGAAAGGCUAAACUUUGGCCACAGCUUUAUUGUAGGGAGAGUUGGGGAAAGGCAAUGCAAGGUCAUGAAUGCCAUGCUGAAAAGAGAUGUGUGUAUGCAGGAGUGCCCAACACUGACAUGGUUAGGCCUCUCCCUUUGUAGAAAGCAGCCGCGCACUGGCGAGACUAGGCCAAUUGAUGGAGGAUAUGACUUUCAACAGCUAUUAGGCAAGAUACAUACUGUGUUUUGCCCCCAUUAUGUAGGCUACUGGGGGCUCAAAAAUCAAAAUGGAGAUUGGAGUUCACCAGAGGUCACCUCACCAUCCCUUCACCAGAUCAAUUGUUGAAAUUAUGUAAGACCGUAAGAAACUGCCAUAUACUGAAUUAGACCACUAAUCAGACAGCCCUGUCUAGACUUAUUGGCAGGGAGUGUACUGCAAAGAGGUCUUUGCUAGCCCAGCUAAUUGAGCUCUUUUCAGCUGGAAAUUCCAGGGAUUGAACAUGGGAAUUAUCCAUGCAAAGCAUAGGCUUUUUCACUAAGCCUCUUCAUUUUAUGUUUGUUCAUACACAUCUCUUCAUUAUCUGAAUUCAUUGUGUGUCCUUCUAGUAUAUCCUUGCCAACGUAAUUGGAAUUUCCAUUGAUUUAAAUGUCUGAUUAGCAGAUCAGUUUUGAUGACCUUUAAGUUGUUUAGCUACAUGGUUUAGUUAUAUUUCCCUCCAUUAUCACUAUAAGAUUGUCGCCUACUGUUCACACUUGUGCACUGUUUUCUGCAGGCUGCAUCUGGAGACGUUGGUCCUGGAUGUACCAUUUACUCACAUUUGAAGCAAAACACUCCACUUGAAACACCCAGUUCGUAUUGGGUUGCAUUUUGAAUAUGUUUGUAAUCUCAUGAACACUGAUGGGAUAAAUGAUUGUCAUCUUAUAAGAAAGAAAGAAAGAACAGCAGUCUUAAAUAAUUACAAAAAUAACAAACAAAAAUGACUGCCCUGGCUGUUCAAAACAUGAAUUAUUAUUAUUUUUAAAAAAUCAAUGGAGACAGAAUGAAGAAGUUUCAAAAAGUGCUGUAAACUGAAAUGCUUAUCUCCUUCUGCAAAAGCUGUCAAUAAAGGCCCUGAAGUCUCCUUGAGAAACAAAUAGGCACUUAGAGACCAAGCAGAGCUAUUUCAUGUUCAAAAAUGAAAGGUAGGCAAUUGAAGACUUUUUCCCCUUUUUGUUUAACUGGUAUUGAAUGGGCAUUGUGCGGCGCAGCAUGCAGUUAAUGCUUGAUUCUAACACAACCUCAGUAAAACCUUGCGAAACUCUCAGUCCUGCCCAAUUUGAGGGACUUUGUGGAUUGACAGUAAAACUUCUAAAGCAAUACAAUACUUAAAGGUAUCUUGUUUAUUACACAUUAGGAUCUGUUUUCUCCACCACCUGCCACUGGCUAUAGAUAAAUAGCCAGUUUGGAAGCUUCUGUUGACUCAAAAGUUGGGUAAAAAAAUGGUUGGUUCACUAGCAUGGGGGCAAGCAAUGGAGGAUGCCUUCACCCUGGUGUGGAUCCCCUUCAUUAUAUAUACAGCACAAGAAGACUAUGACUUAUCCCCCCCACCAACAGCAUACAAAUCAAUAUGGCUAACCUGACUCAGCACACACUCACCCCACACACAUACAACCAAACUACACUGCAACCAACUGAAUGCAACCAACCAAACUCUGGACCCUCCAAUCUCUUACAAUGCCCAGAAAAAUAAAUAAAUAUUUAAAUAAAGGACCUACCCACGUGAUGUUGAUACAAAAACCCUGCACAAACACUAUGCAAUAGAAUGAAAUAUCAUUAUCCCCCCCUCUCUUUCCCCCCAACUGACUACAGUGUCUCAUACUGAAAGCAAACAAACUGUGAAAAACAUUCUAUGAAUGGAAAGUGGAAACACUCUAUAUGUACUUUUAAAGUUUUGUUUUAUUUUGUUUGUUUGUUGCACAAGAAAAUCUUUAAUUAAAAACUAAUUAUUAGAAGUUGGGUAAAAGUAAGUAAAUUUUAAGUGGGUGCUGCUGCAUCUGUUGUUGCAAGAAGCUUUGAUCUCUUAAUUCCUUUUAUUCAACUUUUAUGUCACAGAAGUGACAAUGACUCAACCAAGGACUAUUGCUGAGGACGAGGACUCUGUGCAGAAGCAGGAAAGCUGCCGAUAAUCACUUCUAAACCUCAGGAUAAAUGGGACUUGGAGGGAUUGGGAUAGAAAGUGUUGAGAGCUUUAGGGAACAGAACAAUGUCAAGGUUUAUCAUGCUUCCCUCUCCAGUUAGCAUCUUCAGAGUGAGAGAUUUGUUGCUCAAGGGCUCCAGUUGCCAUUCUGAACUUAAGUUUCUUUCAAGAGUUGAUGUUGCUAUAAAAUCAUGUGUGAGGAGACGUUGGGGUGAUCCAGCUGGAAGGUGACAGAAAGGGAUGAAGUGGGAAGAAGGUACUGAUGAUUCAGCCUGGUGGAGGAUACAGGUGGGGUCAGGAGAUGCCUUUGGCGUGGGUCCCAGACACUGAGAAAGAGAAGGGGAAACAGGAGCAGGUCAACUGACAUAUGGGAAGAGAAGUGGGAUCAAAAAGGACAGCAGCAGCAGAGGGUAUGGAUGAGUUGGAAGCUAGGAAGAAGGAAGAAGAAUGAAGAAGAGAGACUGAGAUGAGCUGGAAUGGAGAAAGGAGUGGGAAUGUGUGAGUGAGCAUGGAGGAGGAAAUGGAGGAGGGAACAGAGAGUCAGGGAGUAAACGGGGGGAGGGGACCCAAGGAAAGUAACAAGGGAUGAGAGACAAACUAUGUUCUCCAACAUUGAGCUAAUGUCUGCUCCCUAGUCCAUACAGUUGUACCUUGGUUCUUGAAUGCCUUGGUACUCGUACGUUUUGGCUCCCGAACACUGAAAACCCGGAAGUAAGUGUUCCAGUUUUCAAACGUUCUUUGGAAGCCAAACGUCCGACGGUGCUUCCGCAGCUUCUGAUUGAGUGUAGGAAGCUCCUGCAGCCAAUCGGAAGCCGCGCCUUGGUUUUCGAACAGUUCCGGGAGUCGAACGGACUCCUGGAAAGGAUUAAGCUCAACAACCAAGGUACCGCUGUGUAUCCCCACACUUAACGUAAUGGACAGUGUGACCAUGCCAGAUACUUCUGCGGGCUCAAGGCUACAUAGUUGGAAGGAUUCUGAAGCUGUCCAACUUCCACACUAAACAAGAAUCUUCAAUAACCUUUUUAGAUUAAUCUCUGUUAUCCAUAUCAUGUUCUACUUGAGCAUGAGAUGGUAUAAUCCAUCUUCUGAGUUUUAUUCUUCAGGAUCUAUUCCCUCAAAGUGAAUAAAUUUGCUUAUUUAUUAGAAUUAUUUAUACCCUGCCUUACAGCCCCCCAUGGAGUCCCUGGAGCAAUCCACAAACAUACAUGUAUUAUACUAGUCUCUCUCUCUCUUUCUCUCUCUUUUUCUCUCAGUAUGUCCUUCAUGUGACCAUUGAGCUGGCAUCUAAACGGAGUGCUUUGAUGUUCUUCAGAGCUAGACAUUGGCUCUGUGGCUUUUUAAUAUGUUGCCAGUCCAAUGACAUCUCUUCCAGAAUCUGACAGUUGUUCUCAUUUUGUGAUCUCCAGCUUGCUGAUGUCCUGAGGCAGAAGUCUGCUUUUAGAACCGUGCAGGAGUUUCCCCUCGACAGCAUAAUUGCCCCAAGUCUCACACACACACACUCACAGUGUCCUAUCUGUUGUAUCAGCUUUAUAGUCUUUCCCCUUAAUUUAUCAAGAUUUCCCCCUUAGGCCUCAAUCUUCUAAGUGAAAUUAUUUUGUGGUAUAUGAUGAUAUUCAGCAUCAAAGAAUGGAACUGUCAAGCGGUUUUCCCCACAGCCAACUAAUUCUCUCUCUGUCUCUCCCUGGCUGAACUGCAGCCUGCAGCUAAUAUAACCAUACUUUUUAUGUAAGUGGUUGCUUAGUAAAAUCAGCUAAGUUGGAGUGACUUGGAGGGGGGUUGUUUUAAGAAAUCUUCUUCGGAUGUGUCUAUCAGCUACAAUGUGCCAAUGUCUAUUGCAUUGAAAUGUUUAUUUUAAGAAAAAUUCUGUUCUGCUCAUCCUGUUUGUUCUGGGUCUCUCUUUUGCUAAGUGUCCCUUUUACAAAAAGAAGAAAGAAAACUAUUCAGCAGAGUCCCUCGCUUCUUGGCUUUAAGGCUGCAUGACCUACUAUCUUUAUAUGUGCUGUAAGGGUGCCUGACCUUCAGGGCAGAGAGAGCAGCCACCUGUCCUGUCAUCUCAGAUGAUCUCACCCUUUACAUACCCAGCCGAUCACUGUACUCCUGCAGAUCCCAUCUCAUCAGGAAAACCCUUUCCAUGUAAUGUAGGAACUGGGCCUUGAAUGUGACAGCACCCACCCUCCGGAACUCCCUCUCAUGAUAUAUCAGGCAGGUGCCAUCUCCAUGGUCUCUUCAGUCCCUAUUGAAGACCAUCCCUUCCAACGAGCCUUAUCUCUAAACCACUAAGCCUCUUGGGCUUGCCAGUCAGAAGGUUGGCAGUUCAAAUCCCCACAAUGGAGUGAGCUCCUGUUGCUCUGUCCCAGCUCCUGCCAACCUAGCAGUUUGAAAGCAUGCCAGUGCAAGUAGAUAAAUAGGUACUGCUGCGGCAGGAAGGUAAACAGCAUUUCCAUGCACUCUGGUUUCCGUCACAGUGUUCCAUUGCACCAGAAGUGGUUUAGUCCUGCUGGCCACAUGACCCGGAAAGCUGUCUGUGGAUAAACACUGGCUCCCUCGGCCUGAAAAGUGAGAUGAGCACCGCAACCCCAUAGUCACCUUUGACUGGACUUAAACUUCCAGGGGUCCUUUACCUUUUAACUAUCAGUGAAGAUUUUUUUAAAAAAGAAAAUAUUAUCUGUAUUGACCUAUGAAUGAAUGAAUAUAUAUGGUUUAUUAUUUAGGUUUUUGUUUUUGCUUCAGGGUGUUUCACAGGAAGUGAUUUGUGUAUGAAAUUGUCAUCAUCUCAAUGAUGGUUCUCUGGGGCUGAUGUUCUGCUGUAGGUGUUCCAUUAUUGGCUCUAGUUGGUAGGAAUCACUUGCUUCAUCCUGGCUGUGUAGCUGGUGUGGCAGAGAAUAGUGGUCGUUUGGAGGGGUCGCCAAGGAUGGGAACUUUAACAUGAUAAUUGCCAGAGUGUUUGUGAGUGGGAUCUGAGGGGUCUCACUCUGCUCUUGAAAUCCCCCAUGCUACUUAUUGCUAGCCAGCAGAGUUGCUCCAGCAGCGAGUGAUUCUUGGUGGUCUCCUAGCGUUGAGUCCCCAGACAGUGUUGUUGGGGCAUAAGAUUGCACACACCCUUACUUUGAAAAAUGUACACAGGUCCAACUUAGACAACUUACAGUAUAUGUAUUCAGGAGUCCAGCUUUUCUUGGUCCCUUCCCCCAUUUCUUUUUAAAUGGAUCUUUCCCUUAAUCCCAAUCAAAGGAAGCUGCUGAAAUCAGGGAGCUGGAAUAGGGAAAGAUGUGUGAACCUCCCCAGGUAUACCAAUGUUUCUCUCCUAUUUUAGAGCUGGGAAACCAGGACCUGCACUAUUUUUGGAAGGGGUGCAAUGAAAAGAAGUUAGUACCCUACUUCAGGGCCACCUACAUUUGGUUGCUCUGUGAGUUGGAGGACAAGGCGGUGCCCCGCCCAAAAAACCAUAAAGUCCAAGACUUUAUGUUAUCAUUCACAGCUUGACAAGCAAAUGCUUGGAUUUAUUUAUUUUUAGUUUUUAUUUGAUGGCUUAAAAAAAAGAGUAGCUACAUUUUUGAAGAAUCGUAACCAUGAUGUGCAGAGACAUUUUUAACAGUGUAAUCCUAUACAUGUCUACUUAGAAACACAGCCCUAUUGAGUUCAAUGAGACUUACUCUCAGGGAAGCAUGUGUAUAGUAUACUUACUCACAGACUUUCCAAGUGUCCCUAUUUUCCAGGGACAGUCCUGGAUUUACAGAAGCCAUCCCAGUUUCUGAUUUAAUCCCGAAUGUCCCGCUUUCCCUUAGGACAUUCCUAUUUUCAUCAGAAAAAUGUUGGAGGGUAUGGAGUUAUGUGACACCCCCCCCCCCCCAGCCAAGGAGAUAAGUAAAUUACAACCUUUAGAAGACAUCUGAAGGCAGCCCUGUAUAGGGAACUUGUUUUUAAAAAUUAAUGAUUAAUUUUGUUUUAAUAUAUGUUGAAAACCGCCCAGAGUGGAUAGGGCAACCAAGUCAAAUGGGCAGGGUAUAAAUAAUAAAACGAUGAUGCUGAUGGUGAUGAUUCAAUAGGACAUUCCUAUUUUCAUCAGAGAAAUGUUGAAGGAUAUGUACCCACUUGGAAGUAAGCAUCACUGAACUCAAUAUGGCUGCACUUUGAAGGCACAAACGGAAUUAGCACUGGCAGCAAACACACAGAAUAUUUGUUUUUCAAAUCCGAAUGAAGUCUUGUUUGCAAGAUGCUUUAUCAAGGGGUGAAACAUUUCAAGGGCUUGCAUCUUUGUGAGGCCUUUGCCACUGAGGCUCAUUGCAUCUGAAUGUGAUGUUCUGCUUAGAAUGCGUCUCGGCAGACAAACAUUCAUUUUUGCAACAAAAAUAUUGAACAACCCUGAACACAAAAGGGAAGCUGUUGAAAGAGCCCAAGAAAUAAAUAAAUGAACAUUCAAGGCAGCGCAGGGUGGAAUGUUGCUUCACAAGGCUUGCCUGUCUCUCCAAACAUCAUAAAUGUUUAAAAACCUGGUUCAACAAGAAGGAGAUUAUCUGUGGCACAAAUAGGAAGAGAUGUGUGUUUCAGAGAGGCUGUUUCAAGUAGGGCUGCCAGGUUUUUUUCUUCAGAAGCAAUUCCAUUAUACUGUGGAGAUCUGUGGAGCAAUGUCCAUGUUGCUCAGCUGGAAAUGCCCAGCUGGAAGAGCUCACAUCACUUGCUGACCUUUUACCUGCCUGCCCGGCCUUAAUUCAAAACCAUUGCUCAUCUUCUGCUGUGUAUUUUGGAAAGUGGUUUGCCUGUCUGAUUUCUACACAUCUGAACACCUCUUCAGAUACCAUAUAUCCAAAUUUUUUAUUAUUAUUCCUGAGAUCAAGGAGCAGGUUUUCAUCUAUGCUUAGAUGGAAUUGGAUGCCAGUUGGAAUCAAGAUGGCAAACUGCGCCAUUCAAAGCAGUUUUUAACCAACAUUUACAUAUUUGUUUCUGAGAUCAAGAAGCAGCUUUUCAUCUAUGUCUCCCUAGGAAGAGGGACUGAUUGUUAAACCUCUGUGGGAAUUGUUGCUGCUAACAAUUCUCAGCCCCCUUUACAAACUACAGUUCCCAGGAUUCUUUGGGGGAAGACAUGGCUAUUAAAAUGCUAUAAGGAUGCUAAAAAUGCAUGGUGCAGAUGCGGUCUAUGCCACACCAUGUAUUAAAGGGCAAAAAAAAUGUAUGCUUUUGAUAACACAUUAUUUUAAUCUUUUCAGAUAUUCUGAAGACUAUUAUUUGCAGAUAGUUGGGAAACUACAGAAUUGUACGUGGAAGAAGAAGCCACAAGAGUAUGCCAGAUUCAGGUAAGUUUGUUUCCUUAAUUCUACAAAACUGUCUGCAGGAGAGCUGUCUAUGAAAAUGUGAUAUACUGAGAUAAUCAAAAUCUUGGGUUUUUUUUACAUCUGUUGUACAGAACAUAAAGUUGUCUGCUUCUUGCUGCUUUGGGAAUAGAAUGCUAUAUUAGGGCAAUUUUCAGCAGUGCAAAAGCUGAAGGAAUGAAUAGAAAUACUGCUUUGUCUACCUUGCUGCCCUGGGAGGGAGGGUAGGAUAUAAAUUAAAUACCUUCACUACAUAAAGAAAUGCAUAGCAGAAUUAACCCAAGCUAUUUCAGUGGGUUCAAAAGCAGUGUUCAUUCUUUACGUAUAGAGAAUGGGUGGCAUGUGCCUUUCAACAAUGACACAGAUUCCGUAGAUUUGUGGGCAACCGUAGAAGAUUUAUCUGUCUUCCACCCAUGCCUUUGCACUUUAACCUUGUGGGCGAAGCUUUCCAUUAAAGCAAUUUGACAUCGUUCCCGAUACCAGAAUCCAAGGAGAUUAAGAAGAGAAGUCUUGCGAUGUUUUGCAAUUAUUAUUCUAGCAGCUGUUAACUAGAAUAAUUAUCAAAUCCUUAAAGAGUAUGUUCUUUGCUGAUGAGAAGAUUACUGCUGUGGAAAACCUCAGAGGUCCUGUAUAGAAUUGCUGGGACACAUCUGAUACACACUAACAAAGAUCUUAGUUCUCUGAGUGGUGGUCCUUAUGUAGCCAAGGGGAUGGGGAGAGAAGCACACCCCAGUACAGUGCAGUAGGAAAGUAUCAGCAGAGCUAACUGUUUGCAGAAGAACAGAACCAUCUUUAUAGAGGAAGUAGGACUUUGGAGUUCAGAAAAGGGCGACCAGAAUGAUCAAGGAAAAAUAAUAAUUAAUAAUAAUAAUAAUAAUUAUUAUUAUUAUUCAUUUAUACUCCACCCAUCUGGCUGGGUUGCCCAAGCCACUUCUGGGCAGCUUCCAAGACAUAAAAACAUCAUAAAACAUCGAACAUCAUAAAUUAACCAAAAUAAUAACAACAAAAACAUACAUUUAUUGUGUGUGUUUGUUUGUUAAGUAAGAAAACUAAUAAAAAGCAUAUUAAAACAUAAACAUCAAACAUUAAUAGUAUCAAUCUUAUCCAAUAUAAAAGUCACAAUAACUUUAAAAUAAGCAACUUAUAUCAAACAAAGCAACAUUCAACAAUCCAUCUGAAUCUAAUAGUAAACAGUAAAAUUAAACCUCAGCAAAUAAUAAUUAAACAGUUCUGCUUCCAUGGUCAGAGUCCCCAAUGCUGCUUAAUGUCAGUUGCUGGAAACCACAGGAAGGGGUGUUCUUAUUGUGUUUGGGUCUUGCUUGCUGGUUUCCCACAGACAUCUGGUUGGCCACUGAGAGAACAGGAUGCUGGACUAGAUGGGCCGCGGGCCUGAUCCAGCAGGGUCUUAUGUUCUUAACACUUUGGGGUGGGUGAAACUCUGCAAAGCAGCUGAACGAGAACUGGGCAUGCCAGAGGCGCCAGCUUACGAGGGUGAUUAGGGAAGGCAACGCCCUGUGGUUAAUGCUCUAAGCUGCACUGAAGUCUGAAGUUACUGCGACUAUUACCUCUGAGUUUGAUGGGCUUUGGGUCAUGCCUCCGAACUCUUGAUGCAGAUGUGUGGCAAUGAGCAAUGGAAGCUAAUUUUAAACAGUACCCGAUAAACAGUUUGAAAAACUAUUUCAUUAUAACUCGCAUGCAGCAGCGGUGACAUUAUCUUUGUAGAAGGUUACCAAUUAGCUGCUUUUCAAAAACAACCCACAGAUUUACUUAUUUUUAAUGUGCUUUUAAAUAUAAACUCAAACUAUAGGUUCUGCAACUCGAAGAUAAUUAAGAAAAUGAGGCAGAAUCUAAGGCUUUUGUUUUUGGUCUGAUUUUCCUCUAUUAGAAUGAGGCAGGGUGACUUUUUGUUUCUGCAUACAUAACCAACUGAGUUGCCGGUGGUUCUGAGGGAGAAAUGUUUCUUCAACGAGUGCCUGUUUUCAUGUAACUCCCCCCGCCCCCGCCCAAUAUCUUCUCCUUUUUACACUUUUCAGAAACAGGAUAUUAAAAUUUCACAGAGAUCUUGCUUUGACAACACAUCAGAGGCUGGCAAGAGUUCUGAUCUUUUAAUACAUCUGAGAAAACAGGCUUCUCCUCUUAGAACCGACUACAUCCCCUGAAUUUCUCAGUAAUUGUGAAGACACACAUGUUGUGGAUUGAUGUCUCUGUGCCCCCAUUAGAGAAGUAGAUCAACCAACCAUCUGGGGUGCCAACAUUCUUGGGGAGUCUGUUUCCGCUAUGGAAAUGUCUUGAAAAGGAAACUGCUGCUUAGAGGAGGCUCAUCGUGACCCUUGGGUUGCAGUCUUCUACAUGCUUAGGAGUAAGUCCUAUUGAAAGAAUAGAUCUCACUUUGAGUAGUAGAAGAAGAAGAGUUUGGAUUUGAUAUCCCACCUUUCACUCCCUUUAAGGAGUCUCAAAGCGGCUAACAUUCUCCUUUUCCCUUCCUCCCCCACAACAAACACUCUGUGAGGUGAGUGGGGCUGAGAGACUUCAAAGAAGUGUGACUAGCCCAAGGUCACCCAGCAGCUGCAUGUGGAGGAGCGGAGACGCGAACCCGCUUCCCCAGAUUACGAGACUACUGCUCUUAACCACUACACCACACUGGCUCUCAGUAGAUGCCCAUAGGAUUCUGCUCAGUUGCUCUCCUUACAGCUGUGGCAUAACUGAGACUCUGCUCAUUUUUUCUGGCUUCCCAGCACUGAGCCAGCAGAGAUGAUACUUGGAAUGGCAAUCCAGGCCAUUUGCUGCCUCUGACUGUCUGUGCAAGGAUGCUCCAACCAAGCGUAAUUUCACACAUGCAAUAUGAUGCGCACAGCAGGCGUCUGGCUUUCAUCUGGAAGUCAACUGUAGGUUUUUGGCUGACACUUGCAGGCUUUUAUGCCGAUAGACCAGAGUUGGGGAGCAUUCUCUUGUGGACAAACUUACAGAGGUGGCCACAUGCCAGCUCUGGGGGUGGUCAGAAGCAAAAGUGAGCGAGGCAACUGAUUCCAACCUUUUCUACAGUAGGCUACAUUCCAGCCAAGCAGAAGUCAAAGGUUCCACAUGCUCACACAGGGGUGCCAACUUGAGUGAAAUAUUGGGGGGAUUCAAGGCAGCCAUGCCCUGUACAAUCGAUCUCAAGACAUGGCACGUGCACACCAUUUAAAUGGCAAUGCCCAUCAAUUUUGGGGGGACCCUCAAAUAUUUUACUGAGGGGGGAAGGGACCUUGGCCCCUAGGAGUUGGCUUCUAUGCACACAUGUAUCUCUCUCCAUCCGGGCAAAGAAGAGGCAUUCUCACAGUUAAAAGACACUUUUUGGUCAAGCAAAAGCACUUGAGAAUGCAGAGCUGGUAAAAUAUGGUUUAGGUAUAGGUGAUGUGGCCCGAGGUCCCCCAUGUUAGUGGAAUCGUUUGAAUAAUGCAGACAGAGUCCAGACAGAAAAGAAAUUGAUAAAACUUUACUGAGUAAAGAACAAUGUAUAACACAAGGAGAUAGAAACAGAGGGGUUUGGUCUUUCUUAGGUCAGGCGUUAUUCAUAGCAGGAAAACAUGCAAGGGGAGAAAUGGUCCAAACUGUACAGCCAAUCAAGGCAUGAGUUACUUGAAGUAGUCUGAUCUAGGUGGCAGCAACACACCCACCAGUUGGCUGACUGUUGACAGAAGUAACCCUUAGUUUACUAACUGAAUGAUCUCUCCUGUUGCACUUCCAACACUCUAUCCAUGGUAUAUAGACCAUGUGCAGAUGAGCCAUCCCUAAGCCCGAGGCUGGCUUUGCAAACUGACUCCAUGCAACAGGGUGAAUUGGUCCUUUAAGUGCUGUUGAAAAGGGGAGAAAGCAAGUGGCAUAGCGUGGGUUGCUGGUGCCCGGGGGUGGGGCAAGUGUUGUGCCCACUGGGCAGCUGGGAGGAAGUAAAGAAAUGACGGACAUUGAAAUAAAAAUAAGCAAACUGCAUGCCAGUCAGCUUUUGUUAAUUCAUAUUACUCAUUGUCUCAUUGCUCAGCAUAUGAGAAGGACAGACCUUGGGCUUUGCAUGUUGAUCACCAAUACUUGUUGCCAGGCACAGGUAAAGCCACCAGCAAGCAGCUCUGGUAGUGUUUUCUGGCAGUGUAUCAUUACAUUAGGUAAGAGGUAUCAAUGUGUGCAGAUAUUUGCGUGCAGUGCAGUGUGGGAUCUGCACUCCCAUGCAUAGCAGAAAAAAACAACCAUGAACACAAUGGGCUGAGUUUAUAUUGAAUGAAUGAAUUUAUUAAUACGGUCACAGACCAGCGCCAACACACACAACAUCACAGGUCAUAAAAAAUAUAUAUAAAAAAUACAAAGGGCAAUAUAAGUAUAACAAGCAUUUAAAUUUAAAAAAUUAAAAUUAGUUAUUAUUAAUUAAAAAAUUAAAAUUAAUUAUUAUUAAUUAAAAAAUUAAAAUUAAUUAUUAUUAAUUAAAAAAUUAAAAUUAAUUAUUAUUAAUUAAAAAAUUAAAAUUAAUUAUUAUUAAUUAAAAAAUUAAAAUUAAUUAUUAGGAUGCCCCCUGCUAUCAACACUUGGGGAUUUGGUCACCAUGGGAUACCACUUGCUUCCUGCGACUAAUUGCAGCCGCACAGAAUUUGGCUACAUUUAAUGUAGUCUUGGGAUUCUUGUCCUCCAGCAGCGGUUCCAAACCAUGGUGUUCCGACUCCUUCCCGGACUUCCGCAAAACAGGAGCAAUAAAAGUCGAACGUAUGUCCUCAUAAAAACGACAACGCAACAGUACAUGUGCAGCAGUCUCAACCUCCAACGAGCCACAGGGGCAGACCCGCGCUGCGUAUGGUUUACCCUCAAAUCUGCCCUGAAGUAAGGCAGAAGGGAGAACGUUGAAUCUGGCGAGGGUAAAAGACCGUCUGUAUUUAGGUACCUGGAGACCUGACAGAUAGUUAGCUGGAGAAAACCUCUCCCAUAGUCCCUUAUUGCAGGAUGUUUGAUCAUUUCACUCAUGUGGCAUUGUAAUUCUACAUCCCAGAUACGCUGGCGGAUUGUGGUCCUAGCUUUCUCGAAGCCUGUGGCUAUCAGGGUCUGCUGUGGGAUCCCCAAGCCUUUAAGCUUUUCCAGCAGUGUAGCCUUCCAUCUGGAUUGGUAGGUAUCCAAUAAGGUCAAAGGUGCCAGCCCAACCGGGAAGAAAAUAAGCUUUAGCCAGUAAUGGAUCUUCAAUAUCCAUAUCCGGGUACUGAUCGGAAUUUGCCCAACCUCCAAACGGACUGCUAUGUUGGAUACGCAAGAGGGAUCCCCAGCAGGCAGCGGAAAAACUUAGUUUGAAAUGCCUCUAGGAGAGUAAGGUUUUUAAAACUGCAGAUCUGGGAUCCAUAUAACAAUUGUGGUAGUAUUUUGGCAGCAAAGACCUGGGAGGCUGCCGGUAUGUACUGGCCUCCUUUCCCAUAGAAGAAUCUUAUUAACGCUUUGGUAGAUCUUUCUGCAUUUGCAAUAGUAUUAUUAAUCUGAAAGCGCCAGGAGCCCCUUUCCUGGAAGGUUACACCCAGGUAUUUAAAGGUUGCUACCUGUUCUAUUAAGCGGUUGUCUAUUCUCCAUUUGUGCCUCCUCCUUUUUUUGGAGAACACCAUAACUUUGGAUUUGUUGUAGUUAAUUGUUAAUUGUUCGAUGCUGCAGUAUUUGGUGAAAGAUCUCAAAAGUUUUCUUAAUCCAACACAAGAAAAAGAAAUUAGAACUGUGUCAUCCGCAUAUAAAAGGACCGGGAGGGGCGUUCCAGCCAAUUUGGGGGGAUGGGCAUUUUCUUUCUCCAUAUGUCCUACUAGCGAGUUGAUAUAGAAGUUAAAUAAAGUAGGCGCAAGGACACACCCUUGCCUGACCCCCUGAUGGAUUUGGAUUUCCUUGGAUAGGUGGCCCUGUCGGUCACACCUUACCCGAAUCCGUGUAUUUUCAUAUAGACUGCGGAUGAGAUACAGUAGGCGCUUGUUUAUAUUUGCGGCGCUUAGCUUUCCCCAGAGCCUGUCCCUCGGUAUUAAAUCAAAAGCAGAUUUGAAAUCUAUAAAGGCCACGUAUAGGGAACCUCCUUUUCUUGAUGUAUAUUUCUCCGCAAGAUGUUGGAGAACAAGGCCCUGGUCUAAGGUUGACCGAUUUGCCCUAAAACCAGCCUGUGCUUCUGAAAGAAUGUGGUCUUGUUCCAACCAGUCCACUAAUUUGCCGCAUAGGUGGGCGGCGUACAAUUUGCUAAUGAUACUUAGGAGGCUAAUUGGCCUGUAAUUAGCCGGGUCUGAUCGGCUCCCUUUCUUGAAUAAAGGGAUGAUGAUUGCUAAUCCCCAAUCCUCAGGGAUAGUGGCCGAUUGGUCUAUGCUGGUAAAUAGGGCAGCUAGCACAGGGGCCCACCAUUCAACAUUAGCCUUAAGGAGUUCCGGUGUAAUGUUGUCUACGCCGGGUGCUUUUCCAGGUUUAAGGGAUUGGAUGAGCCUAUAGAUCUCUUCAGUUGCUACUGGGGGCCAUUCGGCGCCAAUAUCACUCCUGAGUUUAUAUUGGAUCUAAACAGGCUAAGGAGGACAGCCAUGACACAUCUGUAGCAAGUUCAUAAAUACAGACCUGAAGAUAAAACUUGGAAGUAGAAGAAAUCAAAGCUUUUCACAUUUCCUUCUAAAUAUUAACAGGGUGUAAAGGACUUACACUGCUAUAAUCACCAUGUUAGUGACUUGCUUUCUUGAAGCCUGUCACACAUUCCCAUCUAUUAUUGGCACUGUAUCGAACAUGCAAGAAGACCGAUAUUUAAUUAAUGAGUAGCUUGAAGUGGUGAUCACGCAGAGAGGGCUUGACACAUCCAUCACCAGCAAAUGUUCCCUGACACAUAAUUUAAAACCAAAAGUUUGAAACAGGGGAAAAUGUCAAUCACAGAGCACAGUCACAAAUCAAUUCUCUCCGGCUGCUCAGUGAACCACACUACAUACUAAUUAACCUACAUUUUUGGUGUCUGUUUCUGCCCUAAAUACAGGGCCGUUAUGACUCUAAGCUAAAGCAACUGUUGAAACAGGAAGGAAAGGUUGAGGGCAGAACUUGAUGCACAUCAAACAAAAGCAGCAGGAGGAAAGUACCAUAUUUUUUGCUCCAUAAGACACACUUUUUUCCUCCUAAAAAGUAAGGGGAAAUGUCUUUGCGUCUUAUGCAGCAAAUGCGUGGUCCCUGGAGCUGAAUUGCCCAGGGGUGAAAAACAAAUUGUGCUUUUUUUUUUUUUUAAGAAAGAGGGAAGGGGGUGUUGAAAGGAAGCCAGUGAGCAGCUGAUCGGCAAGCGAUCAGGAGGGAGAUAAGGGACGCUAGUGAUAAAGGAGGCUGCCUGGGAGGGGGGAGAUAAAAGCACAUGGAUCCUCAGGAUUUUUGCAUUGGGUCACCCCAAAUUCACCAUCAGAUCACAUAGCAUGUCCAUGGCUACAGCCUGCACCCCCCCCAUGUAUCCACUGUUUCGUGGGACUGCAGUGGCGCAAAAACAUGGUUACAAAGCACGGAUCCGCAUGGAUUCUCAGGAUUUUUGCAUUGGGCUACCCCAAACUCACUGUCAAAUCACAUAUCAUGUCUGUGGCCACAGCAUGAACCACAAAAAUCAUACAUCUACUGUUUCGUUCAGAAUAUAUUUUUUCCCUUGUUUUCCUCCUCUAAAAACUAGGUGUGUCUUAUGGUCAGGUGCGUCUUAUGGAGCGAAAAAUACGGUAGCUUCAGGUGUGGGUGAUAUUAAGCAGCGAAUCAACCUGGGGAGGAGUGCUUAUCCCUUUCCCUGCCAGCCACUUCUCCACUAUAACCCCACUUAGCUGCUGCUUCCCACCACAUCCAACAGUUCCACAGGGAGCUUUGCAUUUGCCUACAAAGGUCUGCAAUAUGGGGAGGGCAGGGAGUAGUCUUGGAGGAAGCAAUUCCAGAAGCUGCACAGAGGACACGGGUUAAGUACUCUUUUCCCCAACACGUCUCCACUCAAAACCAGCACCUCCCAAAGCCACUCUUCCUUAGGUCAGACAGCUGUGUAACUUUUCUUUAGAAAUGUAAUGUAUAGAUCUCUGUAGUCUCCCCAUAUUCUUAUUUGAUAAUAAUAAUAAUAAUAAUAAUAAUAAUAAUAAUAAUAAUUAUAGACACAAUCUACAUCUGAUGGAAGGAGACCCAUUUGCUUAAGCCCACAUUAGUCCAGUCAUGCACAAAAUAGGGAAAGGGGGUCCAGGUUUUAGAGAAAGGAAAUUUUGUGAGGGUAUACUGAGCACUUGCUCUGCUUGCAACCCCAUGCUUUUCUCCCAAGCCAAGCUGGAGUUGGGAAAGUGAGUCUGCCGGUGGACCCUUUUAUCUUCUGCCCACCAUGCUUGUGCUCUACUACUGAGCUAUGAUUCUUCGGUAAAGGAUGAGCCUUUUUGAACUUCAGGAGUAUAUAUUUCAAUCUCCCCCAAUUGCAAAUUAGCCCCCAUCACUACUUUUUGCAAAAUACAACCCUGGGAAGGGGCUUCUUAGCACUCUCCCCUUUAGCAUUUUUUUCUUCUAAUUAUCCCCCUUCAAGUUCCUUACCUCCCCAUCCUCACCCGCAUAAUAGAUAAAAGUUAAAGGUAAAGAACCCCUGGACAGUUAAGUCCAGUCAAAGGCGACUAUGGGGUUGUGGCGCUCAUCUCGCUUUCAGGAUGAGGGAGCCGGCGUUUGUCCACAGACAGCUUUCCAGGUCAUGUGGCCAGCUUGACUAAACCGCUUCUGGCACAAUGGAACACCAUGACGGAAACCAGAGUGCAUGAAAACACUGUUUACCUUCCUGCCACAGUGGUACCUAUUUAUGUACUUGCACUGGUGUGCUUUCAAACUGCUAGGUUGGCAGGAGCUGGUCCCCCAUAAUAGAAUACAUGGAGCAUAUUUAUAAUGGUGUCAGUAUAAUUGUGGAUAUUUCAAAUGCCCUAAUGCCAUUAUACCAUGUGCAGAAUGCAAACUAUCCAAUUUGGUGGGAAUAUCCAAUAGUGUGGGAGUUCUGGAACGUGGGGUGUUUGCAGAUCAUCAGUAUUUUCAAGUGAGAUUCAAUCACAUACUGUUAAAUUCAGGUUGUGUCGUUAAAGUCUUGCACAACAAACCUGCUUCCCUGAAAGAUAAGAUUUUGUGAUAAGAAAAGGGAUGGGAAAAUGCACUGAAACAUGUGAGAUAAUCCUUGCUUUGCCGCAUCGCCAUCUAACCUUCCUGCAAACCAAUUCAAAUGAAUGCUUAAUAAAUAGUGAAUGUCAUUUAAUCUCCCUGCAAAGAAAUCAGGAUGAAUGCUCAGUAAACAGGCCAUCUAGAAGUGACCGUGACUGCUGGUUACUGCCAUAAAUUUUUUUAAGCAUUGGAUUAUAGGUAACUCCCAAAGCCAUGGUUCUCCAUCAUUUUGAAUCUAAUGAGCCUGAAUUUCUGCCUAAAGACCUUCUUAGUCAAUUGAAUGCAGCAGCAGAGCUGUUCAUAGCAUAUCAUUGGAAGCAAGCUUCUAAACAGCAGUGGAUUAAUAAAUGUUUGAGAGACCAUUUGCCUGGGCAAACUUGCUGAGCAGGUGCAACAAGCAAGGAACCCCAAUUCUUUCUUAAAAGAUUGUAUGGCUGUCACUUAUAUAGCUGCUGGUGAGCAAGCUUCCCCUAAAGCUGAAUUACUCUAAUUGUCCCACAAGCUUAUACUGAGGGCUGUAAUUAGUGAAAUGAUUUCCAGAGGGUGUUAGCCUCUUGCAGCAAGAAACAACAACAGAGAGUCUUCUUUUGACACUUUAAAGACUGACAAAUUCAUUAAGACGUAAGUCGCCAUAAGCCACGAGCUUUAUGCCAUAAUGAAUUUGUUAGUCUUUAAGGUGCCACACGACGGGGUGAGCUCCUGUUGCUUGGUCCCUGAUCCUGCCAACCUAGCAGUUCGAAAGCACGUCAAAGUGCAAGUAGAUAAAUAGGUACCGCUCCGGCGGGAAGGUAAAUGGUGUUUCCAUGCACUGCUCUGGUUCGCCAGAAGCGGCUUAGUCAUGCUGGCCACAUGACCCAGAAGCUGUACACUGGCUCCCUUGGCCAGUAAAGCGAGAUGAGCGCUGCAACCCCAGAGUCAGCCACGACUGGACCUAAUGGUCAGGGGUCCCUUUACCUUUAAGGUGCCACAAGAUCCUUUGUUGUCUUUGCUGAAAUCAGCGGUUUUCCUUGAAAUAAGUGGGAUAAAUAUUGCAUUGUUACGUGUGUUCUUCCUUUUCACUGCCUGUAUUUUGAGCUUUAUUUCAGAAUACAUUCUGUGCUGCAAACUGGACACGUUUCAGUUGUGUGCUUCAGCCCAGAAGCAGGGAGGCAGCGAAGGCUGGACCUUGAGCCACAACAUAGGGGACCCAAAAGACUGCCCAGAAAGCAGCAGGUGAUGAUGGCUGUGGCAAACAUACCCACAACAUCACUUUGGCUGGCAUGGAUGUGCCAGAGCCCCCUGGGACUGGUGCUGGUCUCCUCUUCUUCCCUUUCUUCUUCUUUACUUGGGGGGCUGGCCAGCUAGACACAUCCAUGGUUACAGAUGAUUUUGUUAUUGUUACUUUAAAAUUAUGCUUACAGCAAAACAAUGCUCAUUCCCAGGUAAAUGUGCUUAAGCAUCAGGCUAAUCGGAAGUCAACUGUAGUCAUGAUGGUGCUGUGAUUUAAGCGAGUUUUUAAAAAAUAAAAUGCAAAACUGCAUAUUAUUAUUUUUUUAAAAAACAUGGUUAGCUUGAUCUUUCUUUCUCUCUCCAAUGUAUCAGGAAUGUAGAAACAGUUGUAAAGUACAGAAUGGUGGUGUUGGGAGAACAAAAGAAAUAUUUAUUUGCUGCUUUAGAGAUUUCAGAGAAUCCCAAUGGAAACAGAAGCUGAAAUUGUCCAUUUUGCCUUAUUUGUCCUAUAUCCAGAAUGAAAAUCAAUCCAACAAAUAUGCUCAGUAUUCACUGUUGCUGUUUUCAGUCUGCAAAUGAUAUGUAAUUGUAGGUGUGUCCCGUUCCCCUAUUUGCAUUGCAUUUCCUUUGUAUUGAAAUGAAUUAUCCUUUCAACUGAAAUUAAUGGUGUAGAAUAAUGUUGCCUCUGUCAGAAACUGAGCUGCAGCGGAAUGGAAACAGCACUGCAUGCACAGAACACAGGUUGGAACAGACAUAGGCAAACUCGGCCCUCCAGAUGUUUUGGGACUACAAUUUGCCAUGGAGCAAAUUCCGAUUUGUGCUGCAACAUGCGAAGCUGAUCCAUAGGAUCUGGCUGCAAGAAAGAGAGAUAAGACGGAUGAGCUCAGUCUCAGUCUACAAAAACAGCAGGAAUAGCUCUAGGGUACACAGAAAGGUAUUUGCUCAUUAGAUAAUGCCAUUUUUUUCUGUAAACAUCAGAACUGGUCUGACGCAGCCUGCCUCACACAACCUGCGAGUUUGCCAGCAGUGAAAACCUUUCAGUUUAAUAAGGGUGCCAUUGUCUGCCUGAGUAUUUUAAUGAAAAUUUUGCCGUCGCUGGUUUUAUGAGUUGUGUUUCUUUUAAACCUUAGUGUUUCUUCUGUUCUGUUCUUUUAUUUUGCUUGACUUUGGACAUUUUAAUGAUUAGAAAAGCCAACUUAUUUGUUUCAUAAAGCAUUAUAAACGAUAAUAAACUCAUGCAAAGUCCAAUGUCAAGGAUGGUUAAGUUGCUGGGAAUUUAACUGAAGGGACCUCUACUCAUUGUAUAUGAUCCCCCCAAAAGAGAAUGUCUCUACUGCAGAACGUCAUCAAGUUUUAUUGUGUUUAUUGAUCUCUCAAGAAAGAAAAAUGAAUAAUUUCAAACUGCUCUUCUGUUAUUCCCUCCGUGGCACAGCGUUGCGUCGCAUUAAUAUCACACUGCCUGACUGUGUUUUAUCACAUUAGCUAAACCAUAACAUUAAUUAGAAACAAUUCUUUUCUUAUUAGUUCUGAAAUCUUCUUUUAUGCUAGACUGUUUCCGAUUAUAUUGAAGCAUUCCCUUUUAUGCUGGGGGCAAUAAAGAAGAGGUGUGCACCAUCAUUGCUAAUGAACGUUAUCCAUCACAAAGGCAUUUCGGUUGAUGCUCAGAUCUUGAAAGCCCAAACGUGAACUGUGCUGCCCUAAACGUCUCUCUGGAUUGCAUGCGAAGACUCCAGAAUACCUUUGGAAAGCAGGAAUUCAGCUUAGAGCUGCAUUGAAAUGGUCAACUUCUUGGGUUCAAUUUCAUAUUUUUCUGCCAUGACUUAACAUUGGCAGCUCUGCACCAUAUUCUUCAUGGUAGUGACUGGGCUGGUCAAAGCAUGAAUGAAAUUUUAAAAAAAUAAAAUUGCUGGCACAACAGACAGCCAAGAGAGCUGGCGGAAGCAGCAUGGAUGCAAAGCACUUCCUACAUAUUCAAGCACUUUCUCGGGGAGUGGGGGACACAAAUGUUCAGUUUAAAAAUGAAUCUUUUUUCUUUCUUUCCAGGGAAGUAGUUUUGUAUUCAAAGCACUUCCUUGGUGCCUGGAAUGCAAAACCCACUUCCGUCCAAGUGCUUUUGCCUUUGCCCUGAUGCUGCCUCCCCGCAAAACCCCCCACUGCUUAGCCCUAAAUCAGAACAGCAAUCGAAAACCUGAUUGCUGUUUUCCAAAGCAACAGGGCAAAUGGAGGCGUAAAUGACCCCUCACAAUCUGAUGACCAUCAGUUAAAGGGAGCCUCUUUGAAGUUGAGUUUUCAGUGUUGAUCAGCUAAAAUGGAAAAAAGUAAGGUCUCAGAGCCUAAAAGGAUACAACACAAAAGGAAAGUGGUUUGGAAGGAAGGAGGAAAUAAGGAGAGUCAGAUGCAAGCUCUUUGUUCCAAGUUCUUCUGAUGACUAUCUGGAAUGGAAAAAUUCAAAGAAAAAACUGUGCCUCUUUUCUGUAUGGAUGGGGUGGUUCCUCACCCCCUUUUCUUUCCUCCUUUACUGGAGUCUCCUGGGGCGGCUUCUGCCAGGUGACAGGUGAUGGAGCAAGGAGCCUGGCUUCUCAGCAGAGCUCUUCGUGGUCUUGCAUCCCUCCUCUUCCCUCCUCUAUUACAAUCAGAUGCCCUGCGUGCUGCCAAGGGCCACGAGUAAUAAAGCUGGUUUUGUUUUGUGUUCCUUUGCCACCUCCACAACAUUUAUUAUGCUGAUCAUUUAUUUAUUUAUUGUUGUUGUGCAGGUCAGAGCUUGCCUCGUGCUGCGAUGCUGCUCACAACUUUAUCGCUUCUCAAAAUAACACCCCGCUGGGAAGCAACAUGAGUUAUGAAGUGGACAACAAGAAAACCAUUCACAUCACAGAGGAUAUAUUCAGAAUGCUGCCUGAGGUAAUAAGAGCUCCUUGGAUGGUUUCAUGGCCAUAAAAAUGUAAUCUAAAAGACACACACACCUUCAAUCCUUUGGUAUUCUGUGGGUGCCUCCAGACCCAGUAUUCUGCAGGAAGGACUCAAGCACAUAUCAAGAAAUGUAGGUUUGUGUAAUUAAAGUGGAUUAAAGCAAUCUGUUGCCUUAGUGCAGCAAAUCACUUAAAAAACAACUUUUUGUGAUUAGGAAAGUGAUGGGGAAAUCCAUUGGAAAGGGUGGGAUGGAUGAAUGAAUGAUUAAUUGGGAGAUGCACUAGUACCCAACGAGCAACUCAGGAUGAAAGCAGGAGGAAUGCUCUGUGCCAUAUAAGCUCUCCACAAAUAAAUCAGAAUAAACAAUCAAUAAAGUCGGCAUAGUUUAACCUCCAUGCAAGCAAAUCAAGAUGAGUACUCAAUCAAGUGAGGCAUCUACAGGAAACCUCUGUGGUGCUGUCCCUCAAUACUUUUGCUCUAUUAAAUAUUCCUCUUUUUUUCUUCAUUUAUCAGUAACCUAAUAGCCAGAGUUCUGUGGGUGAUGGGCCAAUCAGAACCAAAAUUCCCAAAGAAGCCCAGUCAAGAGCAACACAAAAAAGAUGUAAAGUGAAACAACCACGUCAAAGCAGAAAUUAACACAGUUUAAGGCAAAUGUCAUAGGAUACAGAGAGCCACGAAAUGAUCCCCACACAGUUGAAAGCCACCACCCUAACGCUCCAGUUAAGAUAGAAAUUAAAAAGUAUAAUCAGUGUGUUGUAUUCAAAGUUAGUUCUGCUCAAAGUAGAUUCACUGAGAUUAAUUAACAUGACUAACUUGGGUCCAUUAAUUUCAAUGGGUCUAUUCUGAGUAGAACUUAAAAGACCUGGAGCUCUAAAACAUUUUUUGAUUGGUGCCUAAAUAAUGUUAACAAAGGCACCAAGGUGAGCCUCUCUGUGAAGGACAUUCCACAGAAGAGGUCAUCUCCUUUGGAGCCACCCUCUGCAUCUCAGAUUGCGGGGCCCCUUGAAGAAGAAGGGUCUCAGCUGAUGUUCUCAGGGCCCAGGUAGAAACCAUAGUUCAGUGGUAGAGCAUCUGCUUUGCGUGCAGAAGAUCCCAGGAUCAAUCCAUGGCAUCCCCAUGUUGGGUUGGGAUAGACCCCAGCCUGGAACCCUGGAGAGCUACUGUCAAUGUAGACAAUAAUGGGUUAGAAGGAAUAGCAGCCAGAUCCGGUAUAAAGAGAUCUUCCUGUGUUCCUAGGCAUAUCUGGCUGAUUCCAGCGUCCCCAGGUUGUGAAGGCUCCGUCAUCAUUUUCAGACCAAUAGUCAAUAAAUAACUUUUAUAGCAGCUUAUUAGAAUUAGUGGUGGUGGACAUAGGACCUAUGAACUCUUGCUUCUGCUAUGCAAGAACAGAGUGCACCCGUUGUUUUUGUUUUCAGUCACAGCCCCUGGAUUACCCAUUCAAGAACUGUGCCGUGGUUGGAAAUGGGGGGAUCCUCAAGAACUCCAGCUGUGGAGCAGAAAUUGAUAAAUCCGACUUUGUAUUUAGGUAAGAAACUCUAAACUGUGAUGCAUGCAAUAGCUUGCACAGGGUCAUAGGCACUCUGACACCGGCAUCCUUAUUUCUGCAGUUUUUCUUGCCUGUUUUCAUAAGCCUCAGACAUGUUAUCAGAAGUGCAUGAUUUCUACUUAAGGACAAAUUUCUGGCCACUUUGAAGAGCAGAAAUGUGCUCUGAAAUAUGCAAGUAGCUCACACGAGCAUAUUUGUGGUCAGUUCCUAGGUGACAUUUCUGUUCUCUUAGGGUCUGUGAGAGCUGAGGCUAAUAGUAGCGAGAGAGAAGAAAUUCAACACCCCCUCCCUGUUUGCUGUGCUUCAGACAAAAAUGUCCCAAUGCUGAUGAUGAUGAUGAUGAAGAAGAAACUUGGCAGUGGCAUCUGCAUUUAGUGCCACAUCUAGUUUAACUCUUACAUUUGCUUUUGUUAAGAGAAUGGCCACUAUGCACAGAAAGAGGGGUCUCCUGUUGCCCUGUCUCUCCCUGCCACUGUUGUGUGUGUGUAAAUAUCUACAUCAGGAUCUGCUGUCCCUGUGGAUCCUGCCACCUGAGGCAGUCUCCUUACCUUGCCUCAUGGCUGGACUGGCCCUGCAUGUACAAUAUUUACAGCAGAUGCAUGUUGAAAGUCCAAUUGCAGACAAUAGUGCUUGCUUCCUAGUUACGUGUGCCUAGGACUGCAGCUGUAGGGAACAGACUCAAGUGACAUGUCGAAGAGAUGUCUGGAUGCUAUAACAAUGGGAUGUUUGAAGUGGCUCCUAAAUGGCUCUUGUAAAACUUCAGGUGUAACCUUCCCCCAACAAUGGGAAGCAUCAGUCAAGAUGUUGGCAACAAGACAAACCUUGUGACAGUCAACCCGAGCAUCAUAGCACAAAAGUGAGUAUGACUGCAAUGUUUUUUGUGUGACUCGUGUUUAAUUGCUUGAUUCUCCAUUAGAGAAACACAUCGGCAUGUCACCACUACAGCCACUGAAUUGCAAUUGCUUCGUUAGUGGUCCCAAGCUCCCUGUUAACUGGCAGCCUAAUGCAGAUUGAAAGCCCUUAAGCUUUUCGUGCUUUUGGAAAGAGCUGGAGCUUUGGUGAAAGGAAUAAAGAAGCCAUUUGUGAUUUUGCUCCCACAAAUUCUCAGCUGUGCAGCAAGGACGGUUUUACAAAAAUCAUAGCCACCACCUAAAUCAGGGGUGACCAUUGGGGGGGGGGGUUGCAUGCUAAUGGUGGAGCAGGGGCAGAACGAGGGGUUGGGGAAAAUUUGAUUCAGUUCCCAUUUCAAGGCUAAUCUACCUAAUUCACAUUAUCCAACACACUACCGUCUUUUGAAAUUCACACUUCUCCAAAUGUUGCAAUGCUGUGCUCCAGCCAAGUAAUUUUUACCAGGGUGAGGGUGUGCAUAGAAAUGCAAAUAUUAGUGAAAGUAACGUUUUGUUAGGGGAAAUGACAUUGGAAAAAAAUGUGUUAAUUGGCUUAAACUAUGUACAAAAAUAUGUAUAUUAGGAGAAAUUCACACUAAUAUACACUGAAUUUUCAUGAGGACAUGAAACAAUGGUCUGUUGUUAAUACAUGAAGAACCGGACUUAAGACUAGAAAAACGAGAAACUAAACUUCAGGUUUUUGCCCAUCCUUAAGUCUGAACCUUCACUCUCUCUUUUUCUGCCACCCCCAUUUUCUCUCCUCUGUUUCAGCCUCUCCUUUGUCUCUUUCCCCCUUUUCCAGCAGGCUGCAGCAGGUGGGACAUAUUGCUUUUGCAAAGGUUCUGAAAUAAUCACUUGCAGAGGACUUCUGCCAUCCCAGAUCUAAAUGGCAGUCAGGUUCUGCUUACAGAAUCUGCUAUCUUUCACAUUCACCAAGUUUUUUUUAUGUGUGUGUGUGCAUAGAAACUAUAUAAACCACUUGAGAGAGAGAAAAAGUCUCCAAGUAGCUCAAAGUACUGGCCUAGCUCACAUGUGACACUAAGCCAAACUAUGUAUGGUUUAACAUGAACAAGCAAUCAUGCUAGUGCAGUUUUUAAAAAAACCACACCUACUUCUCCCUUGCCACACCAUUGGGAGCUAAGCCAAGGUUUGCUUUAGUGUUACAAAUGAAUCCAGUCAUGUGGUUUCACUCCAAGCUUGUGGUUUAGUGCUUGUGGUUACUUUGUAGGAAAGAAACCAUGGGCUCAGGCACUCAUGAUCCAUAACAAAAGACAAACCAUAGCUUACUUCCUAGUAGUGGAGCAGGACUGUGAGAGAAGUGAAGUGGCCUCAUUUUUCUUACUGUGCACCACCACACUUGUUUGUUGUUGUGUUUGUUAUUACCAUAUUUAUUAAAUUUAUAUACUGCUAAACUAUAGUUUGGCUUAGCAUUGCACACAAACAACACCACCAUAACUUAGUACAGCAGCUAGUUUUGCCAUACAAACUGUGUUGAUUAGAUAAUAAAUAGCAAAUAAACAGAAAUGGGGCGAUUGGCUCCUUACAGAACAACAUUUAGUCUUCUUUUCCAUGUUAUUUGCUUCCUGGGGUGGGGUGCAGUUUGCAAAUAAUAUGGAAUUGCGCUAUAUUCCAUGAUAUUUCUGGAAGCGGCUUUUGCAUCGUGUGAAAGCUCAAAUAUAAUAUGAAAAUUAAGGAAACUUCAGGAAAAUGGAACAAAAUAUCAUGUGAAUGCAGCUAGAGUCUCACAGGACUGAACAGGGCAUCGCUCCUGUUGCUUUUAUAGGUGGGAUUUAAUUCUCAUUCUGUUUCCAGUGGUGAGCGGUUUAUAAAAUACAGUGGUACCUCGGGUUAAGUACUUAAAUUUGUUCCAGAGGUCCAUUCUUAACCUGAAACUGUUCUUGACCUGAAGCACCACUUUAGCUAAUGGGGCCUCCUGCUGCCGCCGUGCCGCUGGAGCACGAUUUGUGUUCUCAUCCUGAAGCAAAGUUCUUAACCUGAAGCACUAUUUCUGGGUUAGCAGAGUCUGUAACCUGAAGCGUAUGUAACCUGAGGUACCACCAUACAAUAAUGGACCCCACUGAAUCACACCCAGAGUAUCUGUACUGAUGAAAAUUUUUCACAUGUCUUUUCGUCUCUGCAGAUAUAACAAACUGAAUGAAAAGAAACUCACCUUCCUUGAGAACAUUGCAAGCUAUGGUGAAGCUUUCCUUUUGCUCCCUGCCUUUUCCUUCAGGAGCAAUACAGCAGCUUCUUUCAAAGUGCACCAAACUCUGAAAGAGUUCAGUGCAAAGCAGGAGGCCAUAUUUUUCUAUCCCAGAUAUCUCAGAAAUCUUGCCCAAUUCUGGAGGACUAAGGGCGUCAAAGCCUAUCGGUUGUCUUCAGGCUUUAUGAUCACCAGUGCGGCUGUGGAACUGUGCGAGAACGUGAAGCUCUAUGGCUUCUGGCCUUUCUCAAAAAGCAUUGAGGGCGCGCCUAUCAGCCACCACUACUACGACAACCAGCUACCCAAGCCUGGCUUCCAUGCAAUGCCCAAAGAGUACAGUCAGAUUCUCCAGCUCCAUGGAAGGGGUAUCCUCAAGCUGCAGUUUGGCAAAUGUCUAACUGACUAGGCCAAGGUAGGUUUCUUUGUGGGAAUGUCCUGCAUUUCAUUAAGCCAGGGGAGUCCCAUGCCUCGCAUCGGGGAUGGGGAACCUGUGUCCUUCCAGAUGUUGUUGGACUACAAUUCCCAUCAGCCCCAGCCAGCAUGACCAAUGGUCAUGUACGAUGGGAGUUGCAAUCCAGCAACAUCAGGAGGGCUGAAGUUUCCCCACUUCAAAUGUUUUAGGCAGAAAAUUCCAGCCUGGCCUGGAUGUUCUUGCAAUGAUUGAGCCUGCCAUGUAACGCAGGGCAGCCCUAUAAGGUGGCCAUUUCUUGCUUUAAAAGAAAAAGUGAGAGUGGCCAAAAUUACAUUAUGUUUGAUUAAUCACCAAAUGCCAGAGAAGCAAUAUGGGAUUUUAAAUUGAGACAAAACUGAAGUGACUUGUCUGACUGCUCAUUCAUCAGUGAAGUGAUGCAAGCUGAUUUAUUCAUUUGGACUUCUCUUUAACCCCUCACCCUUUUUAACCCAGAGGCAGAUAAAUGCCAACUGUAGCUUGUGAUGCACAUGUGGUACGGUUUGCUCACAAAUUAAUAAUAGUGCUGGCGUAUUUUCUUGUCUCAAUUCCAGAGUGAUGAUUGCUAAGAAGAGAAUUUGUAUGCACCGCUGCGGUUUGAUGUUGGAUUUGAUCAAAUGUCAACUUGUGAGCAUUAAAUUGUGCUAUUAUAAUUCAGAAGUAUUUUGCACUUCAAGAUGGCAGUCUUUUCCUUUUUCUCCUACCAUAGUGGCGUGUGUGACUUUAGCUUAUUGUAACCUGCCCUUUUUCUUACAUGGAAACAAAAUUUUUACAAAACCCAGAAUAUCCACGAGAGAGAACAAAGCCAAAUCUCAGGAUGAUAGCUGGCAGUUACAUUUGUAAAACUAUUUAUUGUUUUUGUUUAUGCCAUCUAAGACGCGGUCUGUCUUCGUAUCUUGCAGCUAUAAUAUGACUGCACCAUUUUGCUGAUCUGCAAACAAUUACACGUGGUUACAUCUUCAGCUGGCAGUCUGAAGCUCCGCAGCCCACAAACAGUUUUACCUCCUCAUUGUUGUAUCCAAAAUACUGUGAUGCAGCUCUUACAUUUUGUCAUAAUGAUUUCUUUAAACACGGAGAAAGGGCUUGAAUACCUGCUCGAGCAUCUGAACAAGAUGUGACAGGCCAGCUAAUUUAUCCUUUAUUCUCACUUGUGGCAUCAGAGCUGGAGUUGGGCGGGCUGUCCAAAACAACAAAGUGCAACAAGGAAAUACAAGCAAUUUUAUUUCCGCCUGCCCUUUCCCCCUUUUUCGUUUAAAGAGACACCCACACCCACUUCGUAGUUGAGCUGAAGAGGUGUGUGGACAGCAGAUCUGUCUGUUGAAAGCCAGGCAUUCUCCAGGCAUACAGUGUAGUGUUCCAGUUUUAAGAGCAAAUGGGACUUGCGGGUGAGGAGCGUGAAAUAUUCCCCUUGCCUUUGUGAGGAGCACAAAAUUCUCCCCCCGCCUAUGGCUUACCUCCUUGCAGUUUGACCUCCAAGGUGAUGCUGCCUCCAACUGGACUUAAGUUCUGGAAGUUAGUCCUAUUGAGAGGAAAUUAUGGACUGCACAGAUGACAUAAUCAUAGCUGUCAACUUUCAGAUUUGAAAAUAAGGGAUCAGCAGCCUUGAAAAUAAGGGAUCAGCAGUCUCACCUGUCCUGGGGACAGUCUACGGGAUAUCUAACAAUCUGGGAUAGCAGCGGGAAACGGCGCUGGAAUAAGGGAAUUUCCCACAAAAAAAGGGAAGGUUGACAGCUAUGGACAUAACAGAGGGAGGCAAGUUAGAAGGUAAAACAAAAUUAGAUUGUUAAAAGUUGGUCUAUGUGUUAGGAUGGGGCUGUGGGCAGGACUCUGAGGUGAGCCAGGAGCUCAGGAAGACCUUGUUGCUCAAAAGGGCUAACUGGAAUAGGACACUGUCUCAUGUUCCUUUCUAACUAGUUUAAGUGAAUGGAGUUAGUUCAGGCUUGUUUGUGUUUCACGGAGAAACUGUCACCUGAACUUCAUGUUCUCGCCACAUGGGGCAGCUAUCCACAGACCCCAUCAGCUCAUGACAAUUUCUGACUUACCAGUUUUCUGUCACGAAAGGUUGCUGUGGUUCCAGGCUCCAUCUUGUGCACCUGUGAAUCAAGGUAUAUUUUUCAAAAGCUACAUCUGUAUCUAAUUGAUGCAUGUUUUACAGAAGAGCUUGACACUGGGCUUCUACGUUUAAAUUCUUAAUGCUCAUUUCAUCAGACUACCUAUUAGAAUUAAAUUAUUUAAAAGCCCUGAUUAAAUUUUCUUCUAUCAAUUUGAGUCAAGAAGGAAUAAGGUACAUAAUGUUACCUAAUAGAAAACCAUCAUAUGCCCCUAGAGUAACAUUUCCAGGUCAUUUGUAGAGCUCUGUCAUCUAAUAAGGAGCAUGGCUUCUGAAAUAACUCUGUGGAUUGAGUCUUCCCUAGGUGAGGAAAACGAGGGAGGGUUCUUUUUCACAUGGACAUGGACAUAGCAAUUUCAGAAAUGGAGACUAGUUCUAUGUUGGGCUUAAUUUCAGCAAAACAAGCAGAAAGCAGUCUAACCUAGCUGUGAAUAGAAGUCCACUGGGGGCUUGAUAAACCCAACUUUUUCCUCUGAGACCGUAAAUGUUUGGCUGGUGUCAGACAUCUGGCAGGCCGUAAGACAAAGGUUGGUGUCACAGGCUGUCCUCAGAUUGCUGGGACACAAGUUUUGCACUCCUAAUAUAAAAGCUCCUAAGCUUUGAAAUGGAACAGGCAGUGUAUACCUAAUACCUGCAAUCCACCAUGUCAGGGGCCGAAUGCUGCCUCCCAAGCCUCUCUCUCUGGCCCUGUGGAUUCUCUGCAGCCCCCCCCCCCCUGGCCCUCUUCAUCUUCCUUGAGUGUCCUUGCCUGACUGGGAUAUCUUCUUGAACCAUGAGAUUGUCCAGGCAAAUGAAAUGUAGAAAAAAACUAGCUUACUGUCCAAGGAUAAAAUUUACAAGAGCUGCUCUGCCCACCUGGCAGAGUACCCAGGCACCACCAACACUGGCAUAUGGCCCCCAGAAGGGUGCCUGAAAAGAAUGGGUUGUUGGGACAAGAUGUGUCGUCCGCAUCUGACACAGGGUGUUUAUCUCCCACAGACACAGAAUCAUAGAAUUGCAGAGUUGGAAGGGAUGAUAAAGGUCAUCUUAUCCAACCCCCUGCCAUGCAGGAAUACUUUACUCAACACAGGGCUCAAACUUGCAACCCCGAGAUUAGGAGUCUCAUGCUCUUCCGACUGAACUAUUGAGCUGUGAAUCCCACAGAGGGUCAACUGCUGAACAAGGUCCUUACAGGGAAUCCUUAUACAGACUUUUCUCACCCUGUGAUGACAACAACAGGCGUCUUUCAGUUAUAGUUGAAAGGUUGUCUUUAAAAGACCAUUCUACGUAUCUCAGUAAAUAUUUGGAUAGCCUUUCCUUUCGGCAUGUGAUACUAUCAGGCUUCACCAACCUGGUGCCCUCUGGCUAUUUUGUACUAAAGAUUCAAUCACAUGCCAAAGUGAAUGGGGAUUGAAGUCUAAAACAGCCAGAGAGCUGUAGGCUGGCCAAGAUUGACGAACGUUGCAUUUCGGGAUAUUUAUACUUGAAAAUUGUAGUAACUACUUGUGGCUUCUUGUCUCCUACAACUCUCACUGUAUUGGGACCUCCCUUUUUCAUGAUACUGUAUGAACAUAAGAAGAGCCUGCUGGAUCAGGCCAAUGGCCCAUCUAGUCCAGCAUCCUGUUCUCACAGUGGCCAGCCAGCUGCCAAUGGGAAGCCCAAGCACAGCAGCAGGGCCCAAGCACAACAGCACUCUUCAAACUUAGGAGUCCCAGCAGAGGUAGAACAUAGCCAUCAUGGCUGGUAGCCAUGGAUAGUCUUCUGCUCUAGGAAAUCUCCCCCAUCGAAAGGUCCAGUGUUGCCAGGAGGCAUUUGAUGCUUUAAAAUCUAAAUGUGAUAUUAUGGUCUGUUUGAAACUGUUGCUAAGCGUCUGACUGUAUUAACGUAUGGAUAACUUCUCUUUCUGUGUGAUGUAUUGAGAGGAGUGCUGUGUCAUACUUCUGUUUUUAAUUUUAUUGUACUUUGAGGUAAAGUUUUAUUGUCAGCCAGAUGAUGUCGUCGAUGCUCUGUAUUGAUGAAGUGCCUCAGUGCCAAAGACUGUUUGCUUUCAUGUCAUGGUGUAUACAGUGGAUGUUGCUCUCAUUGGAUGUUGCACUAACUAGAUGUGAACUGGAAUAUUUUUGCAAUUUUAUUUGGAAAUUAAAAACAACAACAACGCCUUGUUAU